GGCAGAGAGGGAGGGAGGGGGGUGUUUUCGCGCUCUCUUCGGGCCAAUAGGGAAGGGGUAUCCUUUCCGGGCGGCCGGUGGUGGUGUUGGUGUUCGCUCUCGUGUCGCGCUGUAAUGACGGCAUCGCUCUCCUUUCCCGGAAGCGGAAGGCGGUUGGGAUGGAGAAGGCGCUGGCGCUGCAGGGGCGGCGAGUCCGGGGCUCAGGCCCGUGAGUGCGGGGCGGGGAUGGCAGGAGCCCCGGGCGACCCCACCUCCGCCCUUCAGGGGCCCGGUGCCGGGGAGCGCGCUUUUGCGGAGCUGCUGCUGGAGUUCUCGAGGGCGCAGUACCGGGCCCGGGAUGGAGGGGGCGGUAGCGGGGGAGGCGGCGGCGGCGGCGGAGGAGGAGGCACCUCUGCAGGUGGAGGCAGCGGCAGCGGCAGCGGCGGGGCCGGCAGCAGCGCCAAGGUGAGCCUGAGGGCUGGGCUGGGCCUGCCUCGUUCAGCGCCGCUCUGCACGGCCCUUGCCUUAAACUGUCCCCCCAGGUUGCUACUGAUCCCUCUCCUCUGAGAAGUGCAUGACUGGCACAAAAACAAAAACAAAAAAACCUCCCACUGGUGAACAGUUUCUUCCAGCUUGGAGAUGCCUUUUCAUUAUUAUUCCCCACCGACCAUCAAAGGCAUAAGCAGGACGGCAGCCGGACAUUCCUCUGUCGUGCCUGCAACCCAGACGCAGCUGUUGUUUUGUUUUAUUAUUUGUACCCAGCCCACCACACUGGGUUUUAUACUCUUGCCUUUCCUCCACCCAGUGGGUUCAAGGCACUCGCUUACAGAUAAAAAUAAGUACUGCUAAAAGCAUUGGGGGGAAACCACAACAGUUAAGCACUGGCAGAAAGAAAGCUAAAAAUUCUGAGAAGUGUUUUUGUGUUGCAUUUUAAUUGCCUUCCAGAGAGGAGGCCGUAUUAGCAGCAAAAGAGGGCAUAUUUAUAAAGAUGUGUCAAAUCCAUUACGGCGUAAGCUUCUGUUGCGCUACAGUCCACUCUGUCUGAUACGUGAAGUGUUACCUGUAGUUGGGUCAAUUUGUAAUUUACUGUGAACCAAUUUUGGAGCCAAGCUUUGGCUGAAAAGAGUGGAUAGGUGAAACAACAUCUGUUCUCUGCAGCGUGAAAUCCCUGUCCAUUAAAAAAGAUCCCUAUUAAUACUGCAAAGCUCCUCCCGUAUUUUAGUGCAGUUGUUUUAAAACGAAUCCUUAUAUGGGUAUUUUCUGGGUUUCUUGUAUGGUGCUUCAUUGCAAAAUAAGCCAUGGGAAAACAGAUUAGGAAAGGAAGAUGGGGUGGAGAGAGAAGGUACUGUGUUGCAUGAAGUUAUAACUUCCCUAACACAAGUAGACAAUCCUAGCAUCCCUGGUUGCUCCAUGUCUAUACUCCCAAGUGCACAAUCGGAUUCUGCAUGGCCUUUGUGGGUUGGAUGUGCUUCAUUGGUGCACCUUGUCCUCGUUUAUAGAGUAACCUAAUGCUCACGUGGUGAACAUUGUGAGUCUUGUGUUUCCUCUGUCCAAAGGUUGCCAGAUAACCAGAAUUCUAAUGAUAAGCAUUUUAAACGCUGCAAGUCCAUGGGAUAGAUGCCAGCUAUAUAGAGGGUCUCAUUAUCGGAUUUUUGGGGCAGCAAAGAUUUCCUUAAGAUCAAAUGUUUUGCUCCAUACUUGCAUUUAUUUAACCCAUAUAUACAGUGUUUGUACAAUGUACCAGGCCUUUGGUUUGGAUCACAGUACAGACAACUCCCCACUUGUGCACAGUCAGCACAUGUGCGGCUGCUGACAUGCGUGCCAUUAGGAGGUGGGGCAGGGGCAGAACGGACUGGAAGGGGCUUGCCUUGCUGAUGUGCACGGCGGCCGAGAACGUUACCCCCAUGUAUAAAUAACAAUAAUUCUGUAAUAACUGUUGGUUUGUUCUUUGACUUGACUAGAUAGAGCGCAUUGAGAAAUGCUGCCUUGAGUUGUUCGGCAAGGACUACUGCUUCAGCGUGAUCCACAAUGGGAAUGGUGAAAUCUGCAGCCAUUACCCCCGCCUGAUUGUCUUCUUGGAAUAUGAGAGCACAGAUCAAGAGAGGCACACGUAAGUCGUGACUGCUUUCGGGAGGACUGUGUCUUACCCAAAUUAACCUGAGCACGUUUGUGACCUGCAGAGUGCGUCACUGUUUUUUUGGGAGAUGUACUACAGUACUAGCAAGUUACUAAUCAGUCUUUUCGUUCCAUUUACUUGGCUCUAAAAUUGGCUGUUCACAUAAAUGUGCACAAGCCCUGGUGUUUUUUCUUAUGAAUGAGAGGCUACUGUGGUGUGUGAGUUAAGUAGCAACCAGUGAAUAUAAAAAACCCUGCUGGAUUAGACCCAUCUAGUUUGACAUCCUGUUAUCACAGUCGCUAACCAGAUGCUUGUGGAAAGCCUGCAAGGCAGGACCUGAUUAUAACAACACUCUCCCCUCUUGUGGUUUCCAGAAAAUGGUACUGCCUCCGACAGUGGAGGCAGAACAUAGGCAUGAGAGCUGGUAGCUUUUGAUAGCCUUAUCCUCUGUGAAUUUGUCUAAUUCUCUUUUAAACUUCCAUGCUGGUGCAACAAGAUGGCCUAGAUUGGUGGUGUUGCCAUCACAAGUGACGUUGGGGCUGGCUCAGGAUUCAGCAGAUCCUACAAUGGGCCCUCCUGAUGCUGUUUCAGGGGUUUCCGCUGAUGAGAAUGCCACUGUAGGUAACUUCCAUAUACCUGCUGUUCAGGCAGUGCAUUGAGGUGCCCCUUGCUAGUGGGAUUCCUGUACCCCCGCAGCGUUGGGCAGAGGGACACAUCUGUGCUAUUCAAAUCCUCUGCAGCACAGUGCAUCAGUGGCUUGAAUUGUUCUGCCUCUUAGAUACAUGUUGCAUGUCAUGGGAUCCAUGCAGUGAUAGCCGAGUAGAAAUUCAAGCAUAUGUCAGAUCUGCACAGUGGGAUGGAGAAGGGUGGGGUGGACUUCCUCUUUGGUUUUCACUUUUUUCACUGCUGUGCUUUGAAACACUUUAGAGUUGCUUCAUACAGAACUCAAUUCCCAUGCAGAACUUGAAUCUGCAUGCAGAUUUUGUCGUAUGUUGCAUGUUCCUUGAUAAAUUUACCACUAUUUUUUUUAUAAUUGUGAGCUCUGUAAGCUUGUUUAUAAUCCUUUUUCUUGCAGUGAGGCCUAACUGCACUUCUUCUUCUUGUUGUUGUUUAGUCAUUUAAUCGUGUCCGACUCUUCGUGACCCCAUGGACCAAAGCACGCCAGGCACUCCUGUCUUCCAAUUCCUCCCACAGUUUGGUCAAACUCAUGUUUGUAGCUUCGAGAACACUGUCCAACCAUCUCGUCCUCUGUUGUCCCCAUCUCCUUGUGCCCUCCAUCUUUCCCAACAUCAGGGUCUUUUCCAGGGAGUUUUCUCUUCUCAUGAGGUGGCCAAAGUAUUGGAGCCUCAGCUUCAGGAUCUGUCCUUUCAGUGAGCACUCAGGGCUGAUUUCCUUAAGAAUGGAUAGGUUUGAUCUUCUUGCAGUCCAUGGGACUCUCCAGAGUCUCCUCCAGCACCAUAAUUCAAAAGCAUUAAUUCUUCGGCGAUCAGCCUUCUAUAUGGUUCAGCUCUCACUUCCAUACAUCACUACUGGGAAAACCAUAGCUUUAACUAUAUGGACCUUUGUCGGCAAGGUGAUGUCUCUGCUUUUUUAACUGCGCUUACCCUCUAACAACCCUCAGUGUAGCCAUAACCAUGAGGCAGGUUGCUGAUAUUUCCAAGGUACGUUGAUAUCGCUAGAUGUCACAGACCACCUCUCCCCAGAUAAACCAACCCGGACUUUGCAAUCAUCAUCCCAGGCCCUUCUCUUUGCGUGCCUCUUCUAUGUGAGGUCCAGAAGGUGGCAACAUAGGAAUGGGCCUUUUCUGCAGUGGCUCCCCGUCUGUGGAAUGCUCACCCCAGGGAGGUUCACAUGGCGCCUUCAUUAUACACUUUUAGGCACUAGGCAAAAACGUUCACCUUUAACCAUGCCUUUGGCUGACAGAUAUCCAAUGUUCUUUCAAAAUGGGUGGGUAGGAGUUAUUGUUUUGUUAUUUGUCUUGUUUAGUUUUUGGUCUGUUAUUAUGUACUUGGUGGUUUUAUUCUGUAUUUUAAAGUAUCUUUAUUCUGUGAACCUCCCUGAGAUCUUUGGAUGAAGGGCGGUAUACAAAUUCAGUAAACAAAAACAACGAUGAUGAGGUAUCCAGGAGAUAUGCACUUGUUCCUUCAUAGGGAGUUCAUCCCCAUCCAGAAGCCCUGCCCUGAAGUGUCAAACGCCAUCAAUAUAGGUGGACUUCUCUUUUUCCAACUUUAAUGGCUAAGCAAGCUGCAGUUAGCAAAGUUAUUACCAUGUGCAAAUUUGACUCAUGCACAUCAAUGCUUAGCUGUGCUGCUUCUUAAUGUGCCCACCAGCUGCAGGGUGUACCCAUGUGAUGUUUUUCAUGCCUGAGUAGCUUUCGUUGCCCUUUUGGUUCCUCUUAAGUUUUUUUCACUUCAACUUUCUUGCUGCUUGGAAAACCAAAACAAUGACUUGGAUGUAAGCUGUAUAGUUUGAUAAUACUGUCUAGAUCAGAAGGUAGAAAGUGGCUUCUGACCCUGAAGAUGGAAUCUGAGGAUUUUGCAAAAGCAGUUGAAAAAAAUCCGAGUUUCGUUUCAGUCCCCUCAUAUCCGUAGUGAGAACUCAGAAAGAUGUGGCGAGUUGCAAAAUUCAGUGAGUUGGAAAGGAGGUCUGUCUUGUCCAGGAGUUGACAAAAGUAUUGGUUCUGGGACUGAAUCAAUGCACCAUCUUGUCCCUUCAGCUACCAAACCUUUGCCUGCUCUUUCUGAGGUUGCACUGAGAGAGGAGAGGUGGAGACUGCAGCAGCGUCAAUUGAAUGACGCUUCGUUUUUAUUCGAACUUCCCAUUGGAGAUUUAAUUCAAGUUUGGAUUGGUGUUUCAUGAGGUUGCCAAACCAUGAUGCAUCCUGCCUGGUUAACCAAACCACUAAAACACGCUGCUCUGCAAGUUUUCGGGGAGGGAAUACUACUUUCCUGUAUUGCAGCUUUGUGCUUCGCUUCUCCUCCUCCUGUGUUACACACCUCACCUGCUUUGCCCCAACACCAUCUCCAGUAUCAUAAAGGAGCUAACAUGUUUCCCAGCAUUGCUUAUUGCGCUCCAUUUGCCCUUGUCUGUUUGACAGCUAAGGGCGCAGAGCUUACUAACGGUGAAGUGGCUUUUCCAGAAAAUUAUUGUUGGAAGAUCUUCCUAUGCAUUAGAUACUUUUUCUCUAUAUAUGCUAGAGUUGUGCUUGAGAAUCUCUAGCCCACGGGCCCAAUUAGUCCUGCCAGACUUCCGAGGCUGGCCUGCCAAGCCGUUUUUGGCAGGCCGAGCUCCGUAGGGAAUAUGGCAAAAUGCUGUUGAUAUGAUCUUCAGACAUUAGCAUUUUCACCCACAGCAUUGAGUUCUUGACACGUUUCCAGGGCUUAGAUCAGUGCAACCGUGGAGCUCUUUGUUGCCUGAUAUCUCUCGGGGCCAUUCUUGCACUUGGUGGUUGCUUGUUUUCUGUAUAGUGCAGUAUCUGCCCUCUUUGGUUUGAGUCUUGGAGCCCUUUCCCCCCACUUUGCAGUCAUAAAACAUUAAGGCCUUUUACACGAGAGGAGCCUAGUGAUGAUGAUAGGCCACUGGGCACUACAGCUCCCACUUCUUGCCCCUCUGGUCUAGUUAGGUGUCCAGGGUCAGUUUGUCCUCCACUCAAAUCCCACCUCCUCCUAGUAUGCAAGACGCAACUUUAGAACAAAAAGUGGCUGAUGGAAAUUACCAGGACAGUGACUGACCUCUGCUCGAAGGAUUUGUGCAAGAUUCUGUACUGCGUAGGGAACCAGCCACGCUGCCUCCUGUCGGAAUGAACAAGCUUUCAACCUACAAAAACAUUACUUACGUGGUGCAAUAGGAAAGUAACCAAGUAUGAGCUGUGCAAUGUAAGGGUGGUGUGGCGUUGUGUGCCCCCCCAUGUGUAUACCCAUUUCCUCCUGAAGGGUGCAUCAUUCUGAAUCUGUUCAAUUCCGUCUUUGAGACUGGAAAAGGAUUUCCCUUCCAAGUUCAUGAACGCCCAUGAAGAGGGAUUUGCUUCCCUGCUGUGGCUCGCUUGAAACGUUUGGUAUCAUUUGAUAUAAACUCAGGAUCUACGAAGCGCCUCCUGGGUGCUUGUGGGAUACUGAGACAGCAUGCACAGUUUGACCUGUGCAGAGACAAUUCCAUGGAAGUCAGCCCUGUUUGGAAUGAUUUUGGUCCUUCCACAACUUUUUAAGCAACCACUUUGCAAUAGGUAGGCCCCCCAGUCACUAAAGUGCAUUAUGUUCCUGGUGUGCCGGCUUCAAGUCAUCUCAUUUGCUGCCCACAACUAGGAUGAGUAAACUUCCGCUUUUCUUCUGAGUGUUGACAAGCUGACAGCUGGCACUGGAAAACAUGAGCAGACCUCUGGCUUUACUCCUGAGGAACUGCAUCUAUGCCUUCCUUGAACCCAGAGGCGUUCAAGAUGUGUGAAAGAAAAAGUCAGCUGUCCACUCAUAAGUUUUUUAUAAUAUACAUUUUUAUUAGUUUUCACAUAUAUUUGCCCACUCCUAAGUUGACUACUUCAGUGUCCUGUGUUUCUGUGUUAAUAUAUUGAAAGUUGUUUUCAGCUUAUUUUUAUGUUUUGAAAAGUGCCCAGUAAAUGCAGUUAGCAAUUGUAAUGGUGACAUGCUUGCUUACUUUGCCAAGCCUUUAUUAGGCAUUACAAAUAUAGGCCAUCAUAAAACAUCCAUAUAUAUAACUUUUAAAAUAUAUAAAAUAAACAGCCAUCUAAAAAUAUGUAAUAAUGAUGAUUUUCAUUGGACUUUCUUCCUGUUGAAUAGUGCCAUUCACCGCUCUGAGAUAUACUAUUGAUAAAAAACUCAGCCACCCUUGCAGUUACUUCCGGGUUAAUGUCAGAGAGAUAAAAUCUGAUAUUUUCAUUGUGCCGUGAUGUUAGACUACUAAAAAAAGGGGAUAACGUGUUUGCGUAGCUGGUUGUACAAGGAACAGUAGAAAAGAAUAUGUUCUACUGUGUCUGGCACAUUCAAAAAACAUUUGCAAUGUCUAUUGUUUCUGGGGAUGUUUAAAUAUCUGCCCUUGACAAAAGCUGAGGGGAAAAGGUUCAGUCAGGCUAACAUAAAGGCCCUGCGUUGGAUUGGAAUUAUCAAUUUUGAAAUAUAAGCAACCCUGUUACCUGUUGUAUUUAAACCAUAAAACUUGGGGGGAGCAAAUUUUAUUUAUAGUUGACUCAAUGUUUUGUUUUCCAAUGUCCCUUAAUCUGAUUGGAAGAUGAUGAUGAUGAUAAUUUAUUAUUUAUACCCCGCCCACCUGGCUGGGUUUCCCCAGCCACUCUGGGCGGCUUCCAACAGAAUAUUAAAAUACAAUAACCUAUUAAACAUUAAAAGCUUCCCUAAACAGGGCUGCCUUCAGAUGUCUUCUAAAAGUCUGGUAGUUGUUUUUCUCUUUGACAUUUGGUGCGAGGGUGUUCCACAGGGCGGGUGUCACUACUGAGAAGGCCCUCUGCCUGGUUCCCUGUAACUUGGCUUCUCACAGUGAGGAAACCGCCAGAAGGCCCUUGGAGCUGGACCUCAGUGUCCGGGCAGAAAGAUGGGUGUGGAGACGCUCCUUCAGGUAUACUGGACCGAGACCGUUUAUAUUGCUCACUUGAAUUAUACAAGUGUUCCAAGUCAAUACCAAUAGAUCUGAUUUUGCUAUGUAAGUGUUGGAACCAUCUGGAUUUAUAAGAGUUUUUAAGUAAGUCAGAAAGCAGACUUGAAGGCUGGCAACGGAAAUGGCAACACAACCAGUAUUUUAUAGUGCUUGCCCGCACCCAGUAUUCCAUCGUGUGUAUACCUAGUUCUGCACACAUAAUUUCAUACUUGAUUGAACUUGGGAGCCCCAGGAUACAUCUCAAGAAACCUGAGUGUAUCUUAUCUAAAUCACUAUUAUAUGCUUGUAUUCAUAUUGGGGUCCCAAAAAGUAGCUGGGACAACACUUUCGCUUGAAAAAAAUUGAAUCGCAGCUGGUAUAAAUCGGUUACCUUUCUGAAAAUAAAAGCGAACUGCUACUGAGAGGUACACUUGGCCUGUUUUAUAGCACUUCUGCGAUGGUUUGACCAACCUGAGGUGCUCUGGAAUAAAAUUCUGAGAUACCUGUACAUCUUUACUUGCUGGAUUUCUUGCCCUCUUGUUUUCCAUUUCUCUAAUUUCCGGAAGUUAGAGAAGACCAGAAUGUUUUGUCUUCCCAUCAUUUAUUGAGAGCUUAUUGGUUUCACAACAGGAAAUCAGGGAGAGUAAAAGAUGUUGCAGACCUCUCCUCAUCAGUGAUAAUGCCGCAUCAUCCGCAUGCCGAAACAGUGGGACCGGGUUUUGAUUGAUUGGCGGGGGGGCACCUGAAUCUAUUUUUUGAAUGUGCUCUGGAAGAUCUGAUAAAAACGAAUUAACAAGAAAAGGGGCAAGAAUACACCCUUGUUUCUGACAUGCGUAAUCUGGCCAGUUAUAGUUAACCGCUCUGUGUACUGAAGACAGGAGGACCAGCGGAAUAUGGAAUAGGUUGCACAGCAAAUCAAAACUACAGUAUUACCUUGGGUUACAGACGCUUCAGGUUACAUACGCUUCAGGUUACAGACUCCGCUAACCCAGAAAUAGUACCUCGGGUUAAGAACUUUGCUUCAGGAUUGUUAGAAUUCCUGCUCCAUGAUUGCAGUCAUGGGAUUUUUGUCUUUCACAUGACGGUAUAUGUUUUGACUUCACAGAGUGGGAAGUGACGGAGACAGGAUGUUUGUGUUACUGUGUUCAGUGACGUGGGACUAUUGUCCUUUGUUUGCCCCCCCCCUUUGCUGUCUGAUGCUCGAGAAAGAGGGAGCCAUGUUGCAGUGCUCCGUGUGUGUUUAUAUGUAAAUAAAGUAGAUUAGCCAAAAUGCUGAGUUGCUGAGGCCUGUCAUGCGCAUGAUACGCAAACUCUGCAGAUCCCUAAGUGUGCCGGUGUCGGUUGGCAUUGGUUGCUAUGAUGUUCGGGUGGAAGAAAGCUUAUGAAGCUCCCGAAUGAUCGACAAGGAGGGGGGGAACAUGCCAGUUGGGGCAUGUGUCUCUGCCAGGGUCCUACUCGAGUGUAGGCUGAACUCCUGACAAGGAUGAGAACAAAAAUCGCGCGGCGGCAGCAGGAGGCCCCAUUAGCUAAAGCAGUACCUCAGGUUAAGAACAGUUUCAGGUUAAGAACGGACCUCCAGAACGCAUUAAGUUCUUAAAUCGAGGUACCACUAUACAGCUGCCACUUCUAAUUUACACUCAAUUCCGGGUUUUAAAUGCAUGGUGUGUGCCUUCUCCUUCUGUGUUUACAGCAACCCUGUGAGGCGGGUAAGGAUGAAGGCGUUUGUGAAUGACAUGUGGUCACUCAGAGGGAAUUUGGACCUACAUCUCCUUGGCCUUAAGCGUCGCAUCCUAGCCAGUGUGCCAUACUGGCUGCUGCUCGUCCUUCCAUUUUCCUGUGAGCAGCUCUUAAGGGUUUAUGUCAAAAACUGCCCAGUUCCUCUUCCGACGCCAGUGAGGGAUUACUAGCUUGUUCAGAUACUUUGCGCACGCCAGCAAGCUGUUGGCCAACGAAGGCUUGCAAGGUUCUCUGCAAGCAGAACAUGAGUGCUCGUUUUGUGGUGGGGGAGGCAGAAGGCUCCUUUAAAAGCACUCCCUUCUUCCCCAUCCCAAAUACCUGAGAACUCAUUCAGCCCUUCAUUCUGUGACCAAAUCAUACAGUCCGUUCCCUCCUUGCUUGGGAAAUUCUACUGCUGCAAUCCAGACUCCACCCUACUUACAUUUGCAGAUUACUUAGCUGGCAGAAGAACUGAAUUAUCCCAGCUGCUAGUGGGCUGGGCGAUGUGUGUGUGUGUGUGUGUGUGUGAGAGAGAGAGAGAGAGAGAGAGAGAAUAUCUAUCGCUGAUAAAUAUCUUGGAGGGACCGAACAGCUCAUGUAGAGCCAGAGAGCCGGAUCUGUAGAGCAGAGACUCAUGAAACAGCAGAGCAAAUGAACUGCAAUUCCGUUGGCAACUAUUAUUUUUUUUAAGAGUUCCUGUUUUAAAUGAGGAAGGGCUGAGGGGAAAAGGAAUAACAACCCUGCCCAAUGAUGCAUUCUUGCACAAAUUAGAAUUAGCUCCUUUCCUCAAAACCUACCUUCCUCCUUCCCAGAAAGCAAAAGCAGACAUGGCCAGGGCGAUUGCUUGGAAAACAGGGUAAGGAUAGGAACAUAGGAAGCUGUCUUUGUGCCAGUACUUCAGAGAGCUUUGCGGCUACUGAGCAGGCCCUUGCCACUCUUAGCUUCAUAAGUAACAUAGGAAACUGUCCUGGACAGAGUCAGGCCAUUGAUCCAUUUUGCUCAGCUUUGUCUAUACCAGAGGUUGCCAAAUAACUAAAUACAGCGGUACCUCUGGUUACAUACUUAAUUCGUUCCGGAGGUCCGUUCUUAACCUGAAACUGUUCUUAACCUGAGGUUCCACUUUAGUUAAUGGGGCCUGCUGCUGCCGCUGUGCAAUUUCUGUUCUCAUCCUGAGGUAAGCUUCUUUACCUGAGGUACUAUUUCUGGGUUAGCGUAGUCUGUAACCUGAAGCGUCUGUAACCUGAGGUACCACUGUACUGCGGACCCCCUUGUUUUUCGAAAGCCAAGCCGUGGACCCCCUCCUUUGUGAAAAUUUUGAUACCUGUCUGAUACUUUUGGUUAUGUGAAUGGUGUUGCGGGACCCCCUGGGUGGGUUACAUGGAUCCCCAGAGGGUCCAUGGACCACCAAUUGGGAACCACUGGUCUACACUGGCUGGCAAUGACUCUCCGGGACGUCAGACAGGGCUCUCGCUUAGCCCUACCUGAAGAUGCUGGGGUUGAACCAGGGACCAUCUGCACUGAGCUAUGACUCUUCUGCAGCUCUGCAGCUGGAUCCCCGUCAUCCCAGACCAUUUGCCAUGCUCUCUGAAGGGCUAAUAAUAAUAAUAAUUUAUUAUUUAUACCCCGCCCAUCUGGCUGUGCUUCCCCAGCCACUCUGGGCGGCUUCCAACAGAAUAUUAAAAUACAAUAACCUAUUAAACAUUACAAGCUUCCCUAAACAGGGCUGCCUUCAGAUGUCUUCUAAAGGUCUGGUAGUUGUUGUUCUCUUUGACAUCUGGUGGGAGGGCGUUCCACAGGGCGGGCGCCACUACCGAGAAGGCCCUCUGCCUGGUUCCCUGUAACUUGGCUUCUCGCAGGGAGGGAACCGCCAGAAGGCCCUUGGCGCUGGACCUCAGUGUCCGGGCAGAACGAUGGGGGUGGAGACGCUCCUUCAAGGGUUCCCCACCUCUGAUCUGUCCCUCUGUUUUGAACAGGAUGGAUAAAAUAAAUGAUCGCCGGGGGAGGGGGGAAUCAGAUUCUUUUAAAAUUUAUAUCAGAUUUUUAAAAUAAAAUGCUUUUGGAGGAAAAAUCUUUCUAAAGAUAAUUUUCUAUUUAAGUUACAUUAUGGUCCAAAGACUAUUCAUCAGGAAAUAAGGAUUUGUUUUCAGUUUUUCAUGUGUGCUAAAACUCAGUCUAAGUGUGUUUUGUUUUUAAAUUGUUUAACCACACCAGUUAACAAACAUGGAUACAUAUGCUAUAAUGCUACUGCUUUAGUUAAAUAAAUUGUUUAAAUUCUUAUUAAGGAAAUGAUAAUUUUUCUCCUUCCGAUAAAGUACGACAGAAAAGUACAGUUGUCCAAGUAUAAACAGUUAUUAAACCUCACAAUAAUUUUGUAAUUAUCUGUCUAUGUAUUUCUAAUAGUAUAACCAGAGCAGUAAUUUUUGAUGUAACUGUAAAAACUACUCUGAAAAUUUAUUAUUCCAAAAAUGAAACCUUCAUCUGGUUGUAAAUAUUAAGAUUAUACCAGCAAGAAUGAGUCUUUCUGUAAAAAAAUAAUGAUUUAAAUCAAGUCUUACUGACUAGUGACUUAAAUUGUGAUUUAAAUUGAUUGGAUUUAAAUCAAAUCCACCCUGGUGUUGAGCAUUCUACUGUUCCUUUGCACAUACAUGCCCCAUGUGUUCAGGGAAUCGGCCACCAUUGCCCUCUUUGCCCGUCCAGCUGAAUGGGGCAGGGCGGUGGUGGUUCUGUGAACCCCCUUAGAGGAGUUACUGCUUUGCCCCUUACACCUUAAUGGCAGGGGGUGCUGUAGCAGCAGCAGCAGCAGCAACAGCAGCUACGUGACCAAUAAAGCAGACUGUUUUAGGGGCUGUAUGUGUGAACUGCACAGGGUAAUAGAAUAUUCUAUGGGACUUUAAGCUGGCGGUACUUGCUUCCUCGCUCAUCCUUAAAAGAGUUUAAAAAAAAAAAAACACAACUGGAAAUGUUGUACUUUAUGUAUUUUUCAUAAGUAGGGGUCUGGGUUGCCAUAGCAACCCCUUUGGCUUACAGAGGCUUUUAAGAGGGCUUGGGAACUUUAAUGGAGUUGGCAUAAAAUCAUUGCGCUUUGGGCACGGUUCUCGGCUGGGCACCGGCUCCUGCCUGGCAUAACCGCAGCGUUCUCCUGUGUGUCGGAGGGAACUGCAGCCGCGAGUUCAAAAGCGUCCAGUUCCCUGGCACCAAUGGGUGGCCGGAUGUGUGUUCCUGGCACCCUCUGGCUGGGCAGGUGGCAGGGCUUUUCUCCUGUCCCCGAGGUUGGCACCAAGGUGCCCAAACGGCAGCUGUGCCGUGCAAAAUGUUCCGUGCAUCGUCUUCUCCUCCUCCUCCUUUUUUACUAACGCUACGCCGAGAAAGGCACUUGCUCACCCCUAAUAAGCAAGAGCUACAGUUCAGGGAUCGUAUGUAAUGGGGUCAUAUUAUACAACUCAUUGGCUGCUGGUGCAAAAUAGAAGGAUUAUUUCCAGGCGCGAUUCAAAGUCCUGGUUAUUUCGUUUUGGGAAGCCCCAAAGCAGCUUGGGAUCAGGGCACUUGAAGGAGGAUGGGGCAGUUACCUUGGAUGACAACCAACUGAGAUGGCUUUGAAAGAGGAUCAUCAGACAAAGUCAUGGAGGAUAAGACUAGCAGUGGCUGGUAGCCACUGUGGUUGUGCUCUUCCUCCAUGUUCAGGGGCAGCAAAACGUCUGCAUACCAGUUGCUGGAAAACCUGCUUUGAUCCUUAAUAUUGUCAACUUCCCCCAUCCCUCUAAAAACAAGAACAAUUCUCAUAUUGUUACGUCCCUUAUUAUAUGCACACAGGCUCCGGGUUUCCGAAAGUGCCAAGCACCAAUUAUAAGCAUAUGUUAUAAUGCGUAAAAUAUGUUAUAACACUGGAGAAAAAUACAUACAGUGGUACCUCGGGUUACAUAUGCUUCAGGUUACAGACUGCUAAUCCAGAAAUAGUACCUCUGGUUAAGAACUUUGCUUCAAGAUGAGAACAGAAAUCAUGGUGCGGCGGCAGCAAGAGGCCCCAUUAGCUAAAGUGGUGCUUCAGGUUAAGAACAGUUUCAGGUUCAGAACGGACCUCCGGAACGAAUUAAGUACUUAACCCAAGGUACCACUGUAUGUGUUAUUAGCAUAUACAUAAAAUUAUAUGAUGCAGAAAUAACGUACCAAUUGCGGCUCGUCACUUUUGCAUUGCUGUUUCAAAAAAAAAAAGCCAAACUGUAUGCAAAAUUAGAUGAAAAAAAAUAAUCUUGCACAAUACAUAUAACAUGCUGCUGCUUCUUCUUUUUUGCAAAAACAGCAAUGCAAAAGGGGCUUAAAAUCAGGCGUCUGAUGCAGGAGGUGGUCCAGUGUCAGGAAAGCAACACACCUGAUAUUUCUAGUAUUUGGUCUAACUUGUAGAUGAGUUCCUCUCCCCACCCCACCCCGGCAUUUUUUUGGGGUAGCAAAACAUUGAGAGGUGGAUUGUUAAAGGUGAUCGUUUCAAGGAAGACUUUGCCAGUCUUGUGCCCUCUAGACAUUUUGGACUACAAGUCUCAAACAUCUGGAGGGCACCAGGUUGGCAAAGGAGCUAUCUGGAAUAUUGUGGAGUUGCAGUGUAUCUGUCAGAAAGCUUCGUUUUGCCGCUGUGAGGCAUUCGAGCGAACCAGAGUAGCUCUUGAGAGACAAGUUUAUUGGAGAGUGCUUGGCACUAAGGCGAAGCUUUGAGCCAGAUGUUGUACCAGGGAACCUCAUCCAAUGCAGUGUCUCAGUGAUGGAAGGGGUGUGUGUGGUUUGGAGUGGAUCACAGCUUAAUUUGUGGCGCUUCAUAUAUCCCAGUUGCUUACCCAGGCUGAACCUUUGAAUUAAAUACAGAGGGACCAGGAGCCAACUUAAGUCUCAUUAAGGUAGCCAGAUCUUUUGAUCUGAUUACUGGAAUAAAUUUGAAACCGUCAAGUGCUAAUUAGCAUCCCUUGGGAACUGGCUGCAGUUGACCCUACCUCUCACAUGCUCCUUCCCCAGACCUUGGGAGAGUCUCUCAAUCAAGCCACUGUUUCUCCAAUGUCUCUCAAGCAUCGUGUAGUCAGCAAAGCCUUUCCAGGGCAAAGCUACCUUAUUUCUCCUCAACUGCUUCUCUUUCACUCUUCUUUUCAUCUCCCAUCUUUGAAUUCAUUUAGCAAAUACACUCCUCUCUGUGGGGGGAAAGACAUUUUUCGCCCUUGUGUUCUCUUAUUCAGGCUAUAUUCAGGUGAUCACGCCACAGCUUAUUACUCACCAUCUGACUAUAUGUGCUGCUCCUUUCCUCCUUGGUGUGCCAGAAUUAAACCUGGAAUUCUUCAACUAACCACAGUUUCCCAUUUCAUCUGGACCAGGAAAUGACGGUUAUCAGAUUGGAACAAGCCAGGAUCUUAAACCUCAGGCCUAAAUAGGUUUAACAUCCUGGCUUGUGAAAGUUUUCACUGAAAUGGGAAACUAGGCUUAAUUUGAAGACUUACUGUCUUAUUGUGGUGAUUUUGGGGUGGGGAAGAAGUGAUAUGAGGCUGGAGCAGUUAGGCAAAAGGUUUAGGCAUAUCUCUGUUUAUGAAGCCAAGAUAUGAUGAUCCAGAGGUGGCCAAUUGGUGCCUAUUAAAUGCUGGAUUUGUUUUUAUCCAGAAAUAAAGCAGAGGGUACUCAGACCAAAGUGGAAAUAAUAAGUGGCAUGGAGGUGUGUUAGAUCCCUUCCCAGGAUUUUUGGUAAUCCCCUGAUCCUGCCUCGUCCCCCCUCCCCAUUAAAUACCCACUUUGUUGAGAAGGGAUCCAGGCUCACUCAUUUUCCAUUCUUGGGCAAUGUGCUUGAGCACAUGGACACAUCUCGGCUCCAGUUGUUGCUGGAUUGUCAAAAAAGAUGGCAUUCAAGGUCUGGUUGUGGGGCAGACGACUUUGGUAGAUCCAUAUUGGGAAGGCGCAGUAUGUCCUAGUUGGUUCUGCUGGACCUCUUGGAAGCUUUCAGUACUAUUUACCAUUUAUUCUAGACCACCUGACUGGGGUGGAAUAUUUUUUUCAUGGUGGCUCCAGUACUUCUUUGAGGGACAGUUCAAGAAUGUGGCUCUGGGAGGCUUCUAGGAUGUCCUCCCAUCUCGUCUCCCCUGCUGUUCAACAUCUACAUGAAAACACCGAGAGAUGUCAUCCAGGGAUUUGGAGUUUAGUCUCACCAGUAUGCUCAUGACACCCUGUAUCUCCUUCAUCCAACUCCAAGGAAUCCAUUAUCAGUUCUGAAUCGGUGUCUGAUAUUAGUGGUGGUGAACAAAUUGAAACCUGAUCAUUCUAGACAGUGGAGAUCUGUGUUUAGGUCUCUCCUUGGCGAUGACCACCAGCCUUGUAGCCACUGCCAUCUCUCUGCUUACUUACGUAUGCUAUGCUGGUGGGGAGAGCAGGGUUAAAAUUUCCUUCUAUUUGUUAGUUAAUCUGAGUCUGGAUCUAGGAUCUGUUAAAUUUGUGGCCACUGAGCCUUUUAAACAAGAAGACAGUGAAAGGUGAGGUGCACAUCCUUGGUGGCAGUGGAGUUAACAAAACCAAGCCUUCGGUUAGUGGAAGUCUCCCCCUCCCAUCAUUCCCCCUGAGCUGUUGGCUUCAAAACAAGACGACAGAAGCUACCAGGCUUUACACAGAAUGUAUGCCAAGAUGAGAUUUUGCAGUCACUCGUAGCCUGAGAAGCACAUCCAGGCAACACCUGUCCCCUCCAAUCUGCAGUUGGUGCCUGUGCAGGUAAUGGGCUGUUUUGCCUCCAAUAGAUUUGAGAGCACCGUCCAAGUUGGCAAGUUGCAAGACCUCAUCCACCGCAGUAAAAUGGCCAGGUGUAGAGGGCGGUUUGUCUGCCCCGUCAUCCUCUACAAGGGCAAGGUAAAGCUCUCUCUGUCUCUGUCUCUGUCUCUGUGUCUUGUGACUUUCAUGGUUUUCUCAUGUGAAUGUCUCAUUGUAGCUUUUGCACGAUUUACUGGAGGGUGCCUUCAGCCAUGAGCAGAAGGGUCUAGAAAGCGGGUGCAACAAUCUCUUGACAACCUUUCUUCGAUGCUCCCAAGUCAAGCGGGCAUACACCUGUGCAGACUGAGGCCGGGCUGGCGCCUUUGAUAAGCUGCUCCAUAACUUGCAGAUUUGUUUCAGCUCUGCUACCGAUAGGUGAACUUAAAGAGGAUCCUGCGGGGACCAGCCUAAUCCCGUUCAUUAACGGUUUGAGGGAGAGACGGUUCAAAGAGCAUGUUAAUGAAGCGCACAAGGCUGAUAUUAGUUAAAAAGGAAUUGCAAAUAGUGGUGCAAAGUAGAAUCAUGGGGAAAUGUAGCUUAGCAGAGGGUUGGGAAGUAAUUAAGCCUGACCUGUGAGCCAUGCAGACCUCCAUCUGGAAGGCGCAGUGCAGACCACGAGUGCAAAGCCAGACUCUCUUGAAUUGGGAAUGGGAAAAGGCUGGGAGAGGAGGAGGGGGGUCCAUUGCUUCUCUGUGCUUUGAUGGUCAUUUGUUGCAUCUCUCUCUUUCCUCAGCAUAUAUGCCGAUCGGCCACCCUGGCGGGGUGGGGGGAACUUUAUGGGCGCACAGGAUACAACUACAUUUUCUCAGGUAAGGGAGGUGUAGGUUUGGUAAUAGUUGCCAUGUGUUACCUCUGUUUUAUGACGCUAGUUGGGGGAGCAUCCUUGAAAACUGGUGUGAGCAGCAGGCUUGAGCUGCCAUUGAGGACAGUGGCUUAGUUCAAAAAGGAAACCAAACUCAUGUUCCCUAGAAAGCCAAAGCUGGCAAGUUCUGCAAGGAGAGAAAGAUGCACAGGGUACUGUCAGGUGGUGGUAACCAUUUGUGGCCUUAUCUUGUGGGUCCGCAAGCUCCUCCGUAAGCUUCCUGUUUCAGUAUUGGUGUCUGCUCCCAAGGGCAUCUUUGUUGCAUGUCUUCAAUGAUGAAGCAAUUGCGGGAAUCCCUGGUUGCGCAGGAGAACUGUGACCAGGGUGGCUUUUCUCGUUCUUCAGACACUGCUGCAUAGAUUCUGCAUUUCAGAAACGAAGCAAAACCUCUGGGCCAAGGGAGCUACCCUGUUGCACAAAGAAAAUCUGAUUUCCAACUUUCAAGUUAGGCAAAAUAUGACAUUUAGACAGUUGUCCUCUUAAUUAUGGGGACACGGAUGGUGCUGUGGGUUAAACCACAGAGCCUAGGACUUGCCGAUCAGAAGGUCGGCGGUUCGAAUCCCUGCGACGGGGUGAGCUCCCGUUGCUCAGCCCCUGCUCCUGCCCACCCAGCAGUUCGAAAGCACGUCAAAGUGCAAGUAGAUAAAUAGGUACCGCUCUGGCGGGAAGGUAAACGGCGUUUCCGUGCGCUGCUCUGGUUCGCCAGAAGCGGCUUAGUCAUGCUGGCCACAUGACCUGGAAGCUGUACGCCAGCUCCCUUGGCCAAUAAAGCGAGAUGAGCGGCGCAACCCCAGAGUCGGUCCCGACUGGACCUAAUGGUCAGGGGUCCCUUUACCUUUACCUCUUAAUUAUGGGGAGCUGCACUCAAUGCUAAGACUCCCCUCCUCUAUUUUCUGAUUGCCCGUACACCUUCAGGAGGUCAUUGCAGCAUUAAGGUCUUUAACAUGGGUGGGGAACCUCUGGCCAUAUUUGGUCCAGCACAGGUCCCAAUCUGACUGGUGAGGCUGUUUCCCCCAAACCACACCCAGCUGCUCCAUAGCUGACAUCACAUAUGAGGAGUCAGGUGUAGGGCAGGUACAGGUGCAACUGGAUAGGCUGUGUGACAGACUUCCUUGUGGGGCAGCCUGAUCACACAGCCUAUCACUGCAGAGAGCUGCAUUGAAGUCCCCACCCAUCAGCUAAAUGGGUGGUGAGGUCAUGCCUGUUGUGAUUGGCUGUGUGCCCCAAUUGUGCUGAUGGCCAGUGACUGCAGUCCUGCUUUCUGCAAAGGAUCCGCUGCAUGACUCAGUUUCCUGAAGGCAUCUCUGUUGCAUUGCUGAUCUCUGCAGAAAGCGGCUGAGCCAGAGCCCUGUCCCUGGUGUCUGGGAAGCGUUGAGCAGGACGCUUGAGCAGGUGAGCUGGACAGGCCACAUGUCAAUCAUCUGACAUCAUUGUGAUGUCAGGUGGUUGUCAGGUAGGCUGUCCCAUGGGGUGGAGGCAGAUAAGGAUCUGGUCCACCGGGCCAAAAAAGUUCCCCAAUCCUGUUUUUUGUUUUGUUUCUUUAAAGAAAGAAUUGAAACUGUUAGUGUUAGUGCAUGCAUCAAAUUUUUCACCUAGACUAAAUGAACAGUCUUGAUUUAUUGCCAGCAUCACUUGCUUUACCAUGCAGGAAGCAGGCACACGUUCCUUAUCCACUCGAUAAGUUUCAUGUCAAAAAACACUUUUAAUAUAAUAUUUAAUGUUAUGCAUAGCACUGAAAAGUAAAAAGAUAGGUGUUGUGUCAAAUAUACCUGGGUGGUCCAGGAGAAUAAACUAGCGUGGGACUCUGAUCUCUUCAGAGCCAUGAAGUCAUUGAGUGCCAGUAUGGUGUAAUCUGUGUCAUCUUAGCUGCUGUAUCUCAGCCUAGCCUACCUCGCAGGGUCAUUUUCUUUUUUUUCUUUUUUUCUUUUUUAAAUGAUAUUUAUUAAAGUUUCACAAAGAUACAUGAAAAUACAGAAUAAAGAAAAAGUAUAAAGUUUUAAGAUAUAACAAAAACAGUAAAAAAUAAGAAAAGAAAAAAACGUACAAAAUAAAACAGUUAAAAACACAAUAAAGUUCCAUAACCUAUCUUCCUUACUCUUAUUUCCCCGGACCUCCUCAUACCUCCCAGGGUCAUUUUCAGGGUCUACAUCACCUUGGAGCAAUUUCCCAACCCUCCGCAAUUCCCCAUCAAUGAAACGAGGGGUGGGACUGAAGGCAAAAGCUCUGUAAUAAAGCUGGUCCCGUUAGUAGUAUCCUUCCAGUUUGUGAGGCGGCGAGCGAGUCGCUUAUGUGGGACGAGCCUGAUAAUUUGAUAGGACUCGUUCAUCAUCACAAAUGGCAUCUUACAUUAUUGGAACACGCAGGAAGUCCAAAACCAUGCUUUGUGGGAGAAGUGCUGAGAUUCCUAUGCCAGCUGAUCCAAUCUGUUUAGGGCAGAGGUAGCUGUGGCUACUAAUAUGCUGAACUUCUCUCGGUGUCUUCUCUGCAGGGGGCACAGACGAUGCCUGGGCAGAUACAGAGGAUAUGUCAGAAGAGGACUCUGCUUUCAGGUCUGUUUGACCCAACCACUUCCUACAAAUAUGUCAGACAACCUUUUGACUCCUUUUCCUACAUGGAUCUGCUUUAUGCUGCCAUGGCAGGGAGGAAAUGUAAGAGGGACCUUUCCUGCCACCAUGGAGCUGCAGUAACAGAAAAACUUGCACUUCCAUAAUUUCAUCUCUCCCAAGGCAGGCAGGUACUUGGCUGUUGUGGGUCACAAAGCAAUGGCUGGUGUUCUGUGAGAACAGGCCAGUCCAAUGAUGCUUUUUCUGGACUGCAGUAGAGUUCAUGGGGGGAAGUAAGGAUCGUAUGAGAGGUGGACUGAGAGCAAGUCCCACACACUUGCUGCCAAUAUUGUUUUUUUAAUUCCAUGAACCUAUAGCCUGCUGUACUAUAUUAAGGCACUUGGAAGUGCUUCACAGUAGAAUUUAAAACAAAACUGGAGAACAACUCAUAAAAAGCAGUCCUAAAAUCUCAGCAUAGAAAUAUCAAUAAUAAAAUACUUUCAGACUUCGGCGAGAUCAAAAGAACAGUUUGAAGCAAAACUUUAAAAACCCAUUGGCAGAAUGGGCUCCAUUGUUAAUGCAUAGCUUGCAGUUUUAAGAUUAUUCCUUCUGGUAAUUUUAGGCCAAUUAAAAUCCUCUCUCAAGGACUUGGUUGUUUGCCACUCACAGGGCAGUGUUGGACGUGUGUGACUUCUAAAUUUGAUUGUUUAACUGGUUUGGCUUAGCUUCCUCCCCUCCCGAAGUUAAUUCUGGAGGCCUUAAUUCUGGAAGUUGUUGGGGACCUCUUUGGAGUUCUCAGGAACCCCUACAGAACCACCCCCAGAAUAUGGGGUGAGGUCAGGACACCUAAAUCAAUGUACGUUUGCAUAGUAGAUGUGCUCCCUUACAAGAACCUCCAGAGAUUUGGAUAAAAAAUGUAACCCGUUUUCCUAAAGAGGUUCUUCAGAUGCUUUUACUACUGAGCUGGGGCACCAUCCAUCAGGGAAGUUCUCCUGCAAAAGCCACGCUGAAAUCAACGGGUCUUGCACAGGAGAAUCGCCCGGCUUACCAUGUCCUUGGUCUUGGCCAUUGUAGAGUAUUAGGACUGCUGUGUGAAGCGUUUUGUGUUGGCCUGUAGGACUUGCUUAUGCCUCGAUUCUGCUAAUCUGAGCCUUCCGCAUUUCCUCCUCCGGGCGGAAAACCUCAUCCCCUUGUCCUAUAUUUCAGAAAUGCAGACUCGCAGCUGUUCGACAAGGUCCGAGGUCAUGACAUCAAGCUCUUGAGGUACCUGUCGGUUGCGUACAUCUGUGACUUGAUGGUGGAGAACAAGAAAGUGAAGUUUGGCUUGAAGUAAGUACGGGUGCCAUUUGUGUGUUGUGCGUCCCAAUUGGCUGCCGGCAAAUUUUGAGAAGCACUGCAGGUGAAGGAUGCUCCUGAGAGCAGGUGUAGGACAGCGGUCAGAUUUAGAUCAGGGAUACUCCACCAUGGUUCUCACUGUUGCCUAAAGCUUCCUGAGUAACUAACCGUGAGCAGGUCACUAUCACUCGGCCUCAGCUGCCUUCAAGGGGGUAUUGCGAGGAUAAAAGGCAGAAGAGUAGAGUUUGGACGGGGAAGUUAUAGCACUCCAGAUAUUGAACUGCAACUCCCAUCAUCCCUGACUAUUGGCCAUGCUGGCUGGGGCUGAUGGGAGUUGGAGUUCAGUAGCAUACCAAGGUUUCCCCAUCCCUGCUGCAGAGAAAAGGGUGGGAUAAAAAUAUAUUGAAAUGAGUUUAAAAAAUUUAAAAAGUAAAGGAAGCCAAGUUAUUGCUGCCAUCUGGAUAUAGCAACCAGGUUUCAUUUUCAGCAAACGUUCCUAGAGUCGUCCUCUCUCUUUUGACUUCUCUUCUCCUGCCCUGCUGGAAAGAGCCCCCAAAUGGAGGAAUGUGCCGAGUGCCUCUCUGUGUUUUUGGCCUAGGUUUGUUUUUCCUCUAGCGUAGAGCAUCCUGAAGUGUGGCGGCAGAUAGUUGUUCUGCACAUAAUGCAGAAUGCUAGGUAGCAGCACUUCGGAAUGCAAAUGGGUGAGGAAGUUAAAAUUAUUAUUUUUUAUGGUCCCAUACAUUAAAAUGCUCUUUGCGUGUAGCAAAAUAGAGAUGUCAGGGAGAAGACUACACUGAACUUUUCUCUUGCGAGUUUGCUCGCUAUGUGCAGGAAUAAUGUUUUAUAGUGCAUUGAUCAGCUCAAAGUCUCUGCCAUAAAAUGCUUGCUUAAUUAGGCAGGGUGCUUUUGUUGUUGUUGUUGCAGGGAGCUUUUCCAGGUCUUGGCAGGAUGCCUGCCACUUGGUAGCCAUGAGCUUAAAAAACUUGGCUUGCUUCAUAAAUGAAAUUGGUUUGUGGCAUUCUGCAUUCAGCGUGAUGCCAUUUCUAAUUCCCCACCCCAGACUCAUCAAAAUGAAAAACAAACAAGCUUCUGUUGGAGAGUAGGCGUGAAGGGUAAUCCAGCCAGGUACUUCUUUGUAAUCUUCAAGAAAAGGAAAAGAAAAAGAAUUCCAGAUGGGAUAAUUUAAGCACAAAGACUAGCUCAUGCCUUAAUUGGAAAGAGAUCCUGAAUGUGCAGUUAUUCUCUGUAAACUUUGUUGGGGGAAAGCUGAGAUUAUUCGGGGUGGGGGCGGGGAGCAGCAAGGGAAAUUGGGCUGACUUUGUUGAGGUUGGCCCACAAUUGCCACGCCACGCCAGCCAGCUUCACACACAUGUAGUGCGUUUCUCUGUUUUCCUUCCUUAGCGUGACGUCUUCCGAGAAGGUGGAUAAAGCACAGCGCUAUGCAGACUUCACCCUCCUCUCCAUCCCGUACCCAGGUAGGAAGGAAGCGUUCUGAGGGACGAGCAGCAAUUCCUCACAGCUGUCUAGUGCAGCCUUCCUUAGCCUGGUUCCUUCCAGAUGUUUUGGCCUACAACUCUCAACAGCCCCAGCCAGUGCAGUGCAGUACAGUACAGUGGUACCUCGGGUUACAAACACCUUGGGUUACAAACACCUUGGGUUACAAACACUUCGGGUUACAGACUUCGCUAACCCGGAAGUAGUACCUCAGGUUAAGAACUUUACCUCAGGAUGAGAAUAGAAAUUGCGCGCCAGCGGGAGGCCCCAGUAGCUAAAGUGGUACCUCAGGUUAAGAACGGUUUCAGGUUAAGAACGGCCCUCCGGAACGAAUUAAGUACGUAACCAGAGGUACCCUGGGGGCUGAUGGGAGUUGUGGUUCAAAACACCCUGAGGACCAUUAGGUUGGGGAAAGCUUUCAUACUGGGAAGAGGGCAGAAUGGCUAUGAGUUUCUCCCACAGUAAAAUAGGAGCACCUCCAAUAUCCAAGGAGACAAAACUCUUAAGGGGUGCAGAAUAAAACCACCUCUUUCAUUUACAAAAUUGUUCUACUUUCUUUAUCGCACCCAACAUAUUUCAAGAAUUGCACGGUCUCUUAUCAGAGUCCCUGCUUGUCUCGUGAUGGAGGAGUUCCUUUGUCUUUUGGGAGAAAACUCUGGAAAUAUAAGGCUCCUCAGUCAGAGUCUAGCAGUCUCUGCCCAUGGCUUUUAGACCGGGUCUGUGUUGCCCUUCCAUGCUCUCACUCCCACAAACCCCCACGGGAACAUAGCCAGUAGCACAUCAAAAGUGGAUGUUGCUGCAAAUGGAUGUCACAUGCCGGGAUAAUGGGUGACUGCAGAAAGGAUGCGUCCUUGAAUUUGGCAUCGCCGCUCACCCGCCAUGCUGGAAUUCGGGCUUUCCCCUCCCUGCUAUUUCCAAGCCUGGGAUUCUGCUGCUAGGAAACAGCGAGGAAACUCACGGCAAGCAGGUGCUGACCUGGAAACUCUGCAAAGUCUUGAAAUGCUGUGGGAUGUUCCUCGAGAGGCAUUACGUGGGGGGAAUGAGCACAUGCUUAGGUGCUCGACAUCUUCUAAUGGAUGGGAGACCCACACUGGGAGUGUUCCAAUUAAGGUCGCAUCAAGCCAUGGGUGAAUUGUCACCACCAGAACAUGGCUCUGUAAUUGCCAAGGUUUUUUUUUUAUAUUAAAGUUUGUGAAGGCUUCUCAAACCAAUCUAGGAAGUGCCUUUGUGUGUGUGUGUACAUACUUAUAUAUACGAGAAUCCAUUUUGAAUUCAAGCAGCAUGAUGCUCUAAUCGCAGCUGGCCCAAACCUUGUAUGACCAUUAUGCUUCAUAUAGCCUAGCUUAAGGUCACAUCCGCUCCAAACAUUUAAAGCACUAUUAAACCACUUUCAGCAGCCCUGGAGGAUCUCGGGCACUGCAGUUUGUUCAAGAGUGCCGGGAACUGUAACCCUGCAAAGUUAGCACCCUUAGGAACCUACAGUUUGUCAGGAUAUCCACUCGACCAAGCUGAUAAAGCUCAUUUUCUUCCCCCAAGUCCUUCAGAAUCGCCUCCCGACGUGUUUAACCACCUGAGCCUUUGAUAAGGCUCCAGGGCACGUUCCAUUCAACAGAGUUUCCAGCACAGGAAAGAGACGAGAGGUUUGGGCUACAUGGUUAAAGAGUUUUAUUUCUUAACCAUGCAGACGGAAAACACAUCCUCUCUCUAUGAAAGCAGAGAGCAACUGAACAAAGGAAACAGGAAACCAGUAACGUCACAUCCGUCUCUAGUCUCCCGUGAGACUUCCAAUAGCCUGGACUGUCUCUGGAAUGUAAACAGAGUCCUGUGACUCCAAGCAGCUGCUCAGUGGCAAAACAGAAACUAACACAGUUCCCAGGGUUAUUUGGAGGAAGACAUGACUGUUAAAGUGGGAAAUAAUUCUUUAAAUGUAUGGCCUGGAUGGAGAGGAACUACACUCUCAUUCUGAGAGAAUGUUUUAAAAAUCGGCCAGCCAGUGUGGUGUUGUGGUUAAAAACCCGCGUUCAGAUGCCCACUGGUCAUGACACUCACUGGGUGAGCUUGGGCCCAGUCAUUACCUCUCAGCCUAAGCUACCUGAACCCACCUCACAGGGUGGUUGUGGGAAUUAAAUGGAGAGGAGAACCCUGUACACCGCCUUCAGCUCCUUGGGAGAAAAAGGUGGGGCAUAAGUCAAACAAACAAACAAAUCUGUGUCUCUGAAGAAGCGUGCAUGCACACGAAAGCUCAUGCCAAUAACAAACUUAGUUGGUCUCUAAGGUGCUACUGGAGGGACGCAGGUGGCACUGUGGGUUAAACCACAGAGCCUAGGGCUUGCCAAUCAGAAGGUCGGCGGUUCGAAUCCCCACGACGGGGUGAGCUCCCAUUGCUCGAUCCCUGCUCCAACCUAGCAGUUCGAAAGCACGUCAAAGUGCAAGUAGAUAAAUAGGUACCGCUCUGGCGGGAAGGUAAACGGUGUUUCUGUGUGCUGCUCUGGUUCUCCAGAAGCGGCUUAGUCAUGCUGGCCACAUGACCCAGAAGCUGUACACCGGCUCCCUCGGCCAGUAAAGCGAGAUGAGCGCCGCAACCCCAGAGUCGGCCACGACUGGACCUAAUGGUCAGGGGUCCCUUUACCUUUAAAGUGCUACUGGAAGGAAUUUAUAAAUUUAUUACGAUGAUGAUUAUUAAAAAUAGACACCCGGUCCUUCUUCCCAAAGGAACCCGGGGACAUUUUCAUAUGGCUACGUGCAAAUAACCCCUGAGCAUGCAUAUCGCUUUGCAGGCAUGUUGUGGAAUAAAACUGUUCAGGAGCAAACACUUUAAAACAUGGUUUGAAGAACCCGUGUGUCGCGAACUGUGUUCCCCGCCCUGUGGCCUCUUCUUCACUGCCAGCUAUUCCAAGCGAGGGGAUUUCAGGCUUCUCCCCUGCCAGCAAACACCAUUUCAAGAGUCUCUUCCUUUUCCAAACCAGCUUUGGGGGUUGGGGAAGCGGGUAGCUGAAAGCCAUGUGCCGAUGCAUGAAAUGCACUCGCUGGGGCAGAGUUUGAGAGCGCGGUCCCAUGGCUGGUUUCAGCUUCUGGCAACAAGCCUUGCCUGCUGCCUGGUGAGGGCUGCCUGUCCCUGCUUCCUUGCUUGCCACUGAGCCUCCUGUGACCCCUUGGUGCCGGGCUGGUGGUGGUGAUGACAGUGGUUUGCAGCCUGGUUGCUGCAGACCAGGCUGACUGCUUGUCUGACCUCUUGUGACCCAGCAACCAGCUCUAGCCCAUAACACACUGUUUGUCCUGGACUCUUGAUUCUGGAGAAGAGACACAGAGUGUAUCCUCCCUCUAUCUCAGAAGGGGCUGAGUGGCAGGGUGGAUAAAAAAUCAAUGGUUUUUAAAAAUAAAAAAAUGGAUUAUUAAAAUUUAAAUCAGAUUUUAAUUAUUUAAAUUGGGUUUUUAAAAUAAAAUGAUUCGGGAGGAAAAAUCUUUUUUAAGGAUAGUUUUCUGUUUAGGUUACAUUAUAGUUCAAAGGCUAUUUAUCAGAAAAUAAGGAUUUGUUUUAAGUUUUUCAUGUGUGCUAAAACCGAGUCUGUUUAAAAAAAAAAAAAAAGUUUAACCACACCUGUUAACAAACGUGGAUGCAUAUGCUAUAAUUUAUUGCUUUAGUUAAAUAAAUUGUUUAAAUUGUUAUUAAGAAAAUGAUUGUUUUUCUCCUUCCAAUAAAGUACAGCAGAAAAGUUGUCCAAAUAUAAACAGUUAACUUAUUAAACCUCACAAUCAUUUAAUCAUUAUGUGUCUGUGUGUUUCUAAUAGUACAACCAAAUCAGUAAUUUUUGAUAUAACUGUAAAAACUAACUCUGAAAAUUUAUUAUUACAAAAAUGAAACCUUCAUCUGGUUGUAAAUAUUAAGAUUAUACCAGCAAGAAUUAGUCUUUCUGUAAAAAAAAUGAUUUAAAUCAAGUCUUACUGACUAGUGAUUUAAGUCGGGAUUUAAAUCGAUUUGAUUUAAAUCGAAUCCACCUUGCUGAGUGGGAAGUCAGGUCUGGAUACUACCCUGUGCACGUUCAUUCACGGAUUCCCUCUCACCCUCCUUUUUCUCUUCACGCAGGCUGUGAAUUUUUCAAGGAGUACAAAGAGCGGGGCUACCGGGCGGAAGGGCUCGUUUUUAACUGGAAGCAGGUACGGGGGCAGGCCGUGAAGCAGAGUUACCACAAAGCUGUUCCAAGAUAAACUUUUUCAAGGCUCUUGGUUUUUGCCGAUGGCCCAAGCUGUUUGCGAACCAACUCUGGGGGCAGAGACCUGGCCUUUGUUUCUUCGUAGUCACCGGAAUCUUUUCACAGGCUUAAUUUUGCAACAGAGUCCAUGUUCCCAGUGCUAGGACUCAAUCCUGGAAUGUGAAACAAGUGGGGUUUACGGCCAGCCGGCUGUGUCCUUUCCCAGACUCCUCUGUUUCCUUUUUCUGUCUGCGCUUUUCCACUUCUGAGGGCCCCAAACACUUGAUUUCUCUGGCCACUGAGCACUGGGUUCUUUUGGGGUCUCCUUUUUGGGAGUGGGGCUCAGUUUUUUACGCAGGGUUCCCCCUCCCCGCAAGCCCUCUUGUGUGUUGAUAGUUAUGCUUUGGCAUGACUAUCAACACACAACUAUUACAACUAUUAAGGAUUGUAACUUGGCAAAGGAGUUUUCCAUUAGUAUGUACAAGUAGGGGUCACUGCAACAUUGACUUGUUUCUCUUCAGGUUUCCAUCUUCCCUAUUCCAUCCCUUCUUUCCUUGGGUCCUCUGCUCAACAAGCAGAUAAUUCAACAGAUGACCAUAUUUUUCGCUCUAUAGGACGCACCCGACCAUAGGACACACCUAGUUUUAGAGGGGGAGAACAAGAAAAAAAAAAUCUCUCCCUCUCUGCGCAGCGCCCCUUCAGCAAAGCGGCAGGAGAAACGGGGCCCCUUCCAUUUCUCCUCCCGCUUCGCUGAAGGGGUGCUGCGCAGAGAGGGAAAGCUGAGCAGCGCCUCUCCAGCGAAGUGAAGCCAGGAGAGCAAGAGGGAUCGGUUUGCACUGAUCCCUCUUGCUCUCCAGGCAUCAGCGGCUAUCCCUGAAGCCAGGAGAGUCUUCCUCUCCUGGCUUCAGCGAAAGCAACCCGCUGUGCUCCGGAGGCUUCCAGCGGCUAUCCCUGAAGCCUGGAGAGCGAGAGGGGUCGGUGCACGCCGACCCCUCUCGUUCUCCAGGCUUCAGCGAAAGCAACACGAAGCCUCCGGAUCGUGGCAGGAGCGCUCCCGCUGCGCUUUAGAGGCUUCACGUUGCUUUCGCUAAAGCUAUGGAGCCUGCAUUCGCUGCAUAAGACGCACACACUUUCCCCCUUAAUUUUUGGAGGGGAAAAAGUGCAUCAUAUAGAGCGAAAAAUACGGUAAUCAGCAUUCUGUGCCUGUUGAAUAUGCUCAGUGGGCUGUUUUGUUCCCCUUUUUCUUAAAAAUAAAAUGGUGAGGGGUAAUCCAUUUGACUGUGUUUCUAUGUCCUCCUGUUAGCCAUUCCAGUGUGUUCGCCCCCUUCUAGUUAUCCCCUCCCACCUCAACAUUCCACGCUACUUGAGCUAUUAAGGGAUUAUUGGGGUUUUUAGGAUUUUCCUUGCUGGUUUUGUGCGUCCGUUUUGGCUACACAAACCUGAGAAGGCUCAGAUUAGUGUACAGGUUGCCCCUGAGCAGUUAAAAGGAUUCAUUUUGUUUACCAGGGAAUGGGGUGGAAGGAGCUGUCGGGUCAGAGGGCGGUGUUCUGGGGCAGAUGAACCUUGGUGCUAUUUUCCUGAAAGUCAGAGAGUGUCUGUUUAGGUGUUGGCCGGUCUUGGCAGCACCGUCACAGACAGCCCCACCUUCGCACUUACAGCCACAAGAGGGCCUAGAAUCUGCAGCAGUUUUGGGAGUUGCUGCUUCUGUCCUUCCCCUUCCCCACAGCUGCUCAGACUCUCCUCUCUGAGAAAUCCUUUUGAAAGCAUUCAGCCAAGAGGCUUGUUCCUCCCAUAGAAAAGGACGCCACAGUAACGCGCUUCACAACGGGGAGACGUAACUCAGGUGGAAUACGGUUGCUGUGAAAUCUAGCAGGCGUGCAAUGCCACACUCCACGGUGUCUUCUUCAGCACUUAUGAACCGCCGUAAAUCAGGAUUCGGAGCUCAGGAGGAAGGCUUUGAAAGCCACUUAAUUGUAGAGAGACGGGGCCAUUCAUUUAGGUAGGGAUUGCCAGCUUCUGUAUUCCAGGCAGCCAGUGAUGUUUCACUCCCAGGCUGGUCUUGGGAGGGGCAGAAGGGCGUAUUUUGCUGCACAAACUGGCUUUUUCAGAGAUGUGUGGAGCUGAGAGGAACCUUGGGGGUCGUCUCAUUCAUAUAUGGGUGUGUGGGUGUGGGUGGGUGUAUAUAUAUAUAUAUAUAUAUAUACACACACACACACACACACACACACACACCGUAUUUUUCGCUCUAUAAGACACACCAGACCACAAGACGCACCUAGUUUUUGGAGGAGGAAAACAAGAAAAAAAAUAUUCUGAAUCUCAGAAGCCAGAACAGCAAGAGGGAUUGCUGCGCAGUGAAAGCAGCAAUCCCUCUUGCUGUUCUGGCUUCUGGGAUAGCUGCGCAGCCUGCAUUUGCUCCAUAAGACGCACACACAUUUCCCCUUACUUUUUAGGAGGGAAAAAAUGAGUCUUAUAGAGCAAAAAAUACGGUGUGCAUAUAUAGAUAGAUAGAUAGAUAGAUAGUCUGUUGAAGGAAAAGCUAGACACUUCCUAAGCCAGCCUCUGUCUCACUGUCAAACAGCUUUUACCAGGAGGAAGCUUCUAGCACUUAGCCGAAAUCUCCUUCCCUGCAGACUCUACCCAUUUGUUCUAGCCCUGCUCUCUGGAGCAAUGGGAAAACAAGUUUGCACUGUCUUUUGGGGACUGAGCAUGCUCAGCGGACACAGAAUGCUGACUGGGGCAGAGACCCAGAAAAAGACAGAAUGAAAUAGAAAAGAUGGAAGCCUGAAGCUUCUACCCUUCAGAUAUUUGAAGACGAACAUGUCUCCCCUUAAUCUUUGCUCCUCCAGGCUAAACAUACCCAGAUAUUUCAAAUGUUUCUUAUAAGACCUUGUUUCGAGACAUCCUGGUCUCCCUACUCUGGGCAUGCUUCAGUUUGUCAGUGCCCAGAACAGGAUAGAUUACUGCCGAUGAUUAGCCAGAAUAGUGCAGUACAGAGCAGAACUCCUGCUUCUCAUGAUCAGAGCACUAUAUGUCUAUUAAUGCACAAGUAGUGCAGGCGCCAUAAUAAAGCCUGUGUCAUCUAGUCAUUGGGGCUUCUCAGGAACGAAACACAUGUUGUUAGGCUUGGCACUGUACACUUAAAAAUGUUUCCUGCAUGUAAACAAACGAGGGACAGGAAGGCUAUGUUAACGUGUGGAAUAUUUUUUUAAAUCUGAAAACACUGCCUUCGUAUAUGUGGAACCGAGUUGAACGUUUGACCCUACCUCAUUUUAAAUUUGGUAGGACUGUCAAAACGGGAUGGGGGGGGGGGAACUGGCCGUUCCCAAUUUAGGCGAUGAGAAAAUUCAGUGCCUGGAAAAGUCGUUGAGAUGCAUAGAGAUGUCAUUGGGGGAAAUGGCUUACAGUGACAACUGGCGUGAGACAGCCAGCAUAGUGUAUUGACUGUAACGUCAUACUAGGACUGGGAAGACCUGAGUUCAAAUCCUACCCAGGUAUGAAUCUUCAGGAGGUACCUGGAGCCACCCACUGUCUCUCAACCUCACCUUAUCUUAACAGGGUUUUUCUGAAGAUAAAAUGGGAAGUCCCGUUUGUAUCAGACAAGAGAUAUAAAUGAAAUAAGUAAAUAAUACACCAGGAUACAACUAAGGCUGCAAGUGGCCUUGGGAGCAAACUCCCCCUGAAUUCAUAGGGACCUAAUCAUGAGCAAAUCUGCAUGGGCUUGGGCUGAAAGUCUUGGACCCAAAGCUAAGCUUUAGAUGAGAGGAAUAGAGGAGUAAAAUACACAGACCUGUUUGUAGUACAGGAUUUCUAGUACAGUGGUACCUCAGGUUACAUACGCUUCAGGUUACAUACACUUCAGGUUGCAGACUUCGCUAACCCAGAAAUAGUGCUUCAGGUUAAGAACUUUGCUUCAGGAUGAUAAUAGAAAUCGGGCUCCGGUGGCACAGUAGCAGCAGGAGGCCCCAUUAGCUAAAGUGGUGCUUCAAGUUAAGAACAGUUUCAGGUUAAGUACGGACCUCCGGAAUGAAUUAAGUACUUAACCUGAGGUACCACUGCACUUCCUUCAUCACAUCAUUCUACCCCUGAUGGACCUUGUGCCACUUUCUUUGCAGGAUUAUGUUGAUGCUCCUCUCAGCAUCCCAGUCUCUCUCACCGAGCGGUUGAACAUUGAUUGGAGCGAGUAUCAGGUAAGAUGGCAGGUCGCAAGGACCAAGUUUCCCCCUGACCCCUGGAUGGUAGACGGGGCAUAAUGUCUUACACCGUAACCAGUGUUUCUCAAACUUGGACCCCCAGCUAUGUUGGACUACAGCUCCCAUCAUCCCUGACCACUGGUCCUGCUAGCUAGGGAUGAUUGGAUUUGAGUCUAGCAACAGCUGGGGACCCAAGUUUGAGGAAUACUACCAUAAACUCAUGAGGAUGUUUGGUAUGGCUAAUGUUCUACAUUUGUGUUGAUGUGAUUCUCUCUCCUGUUUACUGAAAGCUGCUUAAUUCAGUUUAUUUCUAGUAUUUUAUACAAAGUUGUACGGAUUCUUUUUUUGCUACUGGUGUUAACGAUGAACACUAGUAACGUCUUUGAAUUGCAAUUGUCGUUCAUGUGAUACGUUGAGAACCAUUUUGGGCACAAUUUUGUGGGAAGGUUCUACAGAAAUCAACAAAGAAAUGAUGCUCCAGUAAUUGUUCCACAUAAGAGUUUCCAGAGGCGAUCUGUGGACUCCUGGGGGGAAAAGUUGGUGAUGGUGGUAAACAGUAUGCACAUUUAAAAAGUGCUUUUAUGGUCUGUAUCUGAGUUGAGCCCCCGCCCCCAAUAACCUUAUGAGCCUACCAUCAGAAUUUCACCUUACCCACUUUUUCUCUCUGGAGCUGAGAGCAGUUUAAUUCUUGGUUCUCGGGCAGCCUCCCCCCCAGGUAGCUAGCCCUGCUUGGCUUCCUUCAGUUGCAAAAUUUCAUUGUGUCCUUUCUAGCCAUUUUCUGAGCCGAUUGGGGUAGGAACAGCAGUGAGUCCACUUAAGAAGGAGCCCUGCUGGACCAGAGAGAGGCUACUUCCAGUGUAGCACUCUGUUUGCAAUAGUGAACCACCAGUAAACUACACACAAAGCACAAAGGGAAUAGCUCUUCUCUUGACAUGUCCCAAGCCCAUGGUAUUCAGAGGUACGCAGGUGUACUCUUUCAAGCCGGGAUGAACAUUUCCGGGGUAAAUUUGCAGCCUACUUUUCUGACAAGCAGUUUAUAUCCAAAGUGCUUACAGUACUUCUUAAAAAUGUAUGAAUGGCAUGUAAUAAUAAUAACAUAGCUGUCAGCUUUUCCCUUUUCUUGCGAGGAAUCUUAUUCUUUUUUCUUUUUCCUUUCUCCUCCUGUGAUGAGGCUGCAUUUUAAUAUUUUAAUGUUUCAAUAUUUUAAUUGUUGUAUUUUAAUCUUGUUUUUAAGUUAUAUUCAUUCAACUUGUUUUUAUUAUUGCUUGUUAGCCGCCCUGAGCCCGGCCUUGGCUGGGGAGGGCGGGGUAUAAAUAAAAAUUAUUAUUAUUAUUGUUAUUUGGAAUAAGGGAAUUUCCCUUAAAAACAGGGGGAAGUUGACAGCUAUGAAUAUAAUAAUAAUAAUAAUAAUAAUAGCGUUAAAACAAUUUAUGUGUUACCUUUAAUUUUGAGAAGAAAGGCCAAGGCACUUCUCAAACAAACAAAAGCCGACAGCAGAAAAACCGGUACAAAACGGGACUCUAAAUCAGGAAUGUAUAAAUAACGCCGUUAAAAAGUUUCAAGUGCCUCGAAACACAAAGCGGAGCCUCUUUAAUUGCAAAACACGGCGAAAACAUGCUCACAAUGGGAGGGCAUGUUAUCAGAGAGCAGCAAUCCAUUAAAAGCCUGCAUAGAUAAGUGGUUUUUUUCAAUUCCCUUGUGUGGAUUAAGCUGAAGCCAUUCCGUGUAUGUAUAUAACGGGUGUGUAGGUCAGCGGGGGAGGUGCACUUGAGAAGCUUUCUCAGAUGUGGCCCAAAACCUGGGUGCGUGUGGAGAGGAAACGGUUCUGCUCCACCUAAAUAGAUGGAGAUCUGGCAUGACCCCAUCCUAUCAUCUGGACAGCAUUGGGAGAAUGCUUUCCUGAGCAAUCCUGUGCUAGUGAGUAGUUUGUUAGACUAUACAGCAGGGCAGUCUGGGCCGUGGGUUGCAUGUGACCCACAAGGCUCAUUUUGGCAGCCCUCGGCAACAUUCAAGAAAAAAUAAAUCUUAAAGCCUUAAAAAGAUAUAUUUUUUGUGUGUCAGGUGUGGUUAACGAAAGUGCGUACGCCUGUGUAUUAGCUUUGUUUUAUAAUUAAAUCUAUUAUUUGUGUAUUUAAUAUUAAUUUAAAUAGAUUAAUUGUGCUUAUUAAAUAAUAUUAAACAUACUGUGAACGCUUUAAUGUUGCGAUGUGGAAAUUGAAUUGAAGUGUGUGGCAGCUUCUGUGUCGAAGUAUAGUACUCUUUCAGCCCGCUUGGUAUGAAAGGUUGGACCGCUCUGUUAUGGAGCAAUAAAUGUGCCUGAAUAGUUCUGAUGCCAUUCUGCCCUGCCUUCUGGGAAACAGGCUUGAGAAAACUUUUUGGAGGAUCCUGUCUGUCUGUCUCUUACUCUCUCACAAACACAAUUUCUGCAUGUGCUGUCCUGAAACAGGCUUGAAGUACCAGGGCAUUUUUGUUGCUGACUUACAGACACAGCCCAGAAUAACUAAGGAGAUAGUACAAGAAUACUUGGCUAGUUUAGAUGUAUUCAAGUCUCCAGGGCCAGAUGAACUGCAUCCAAGAGUAUUAAAAGAACUGGCAGAUGUGAUCUCAGAACCACUGGCAGUCAUCUUUGAGAAUUCCUGGAGAACAGGCGAAGUCCCGGCAGACUGGAGGAGGGCAAAUGUUGUCCCUAUUUUCAAAAAGGGGAAAAGAGAGGACCCAAAUAAUUACCGCCCAGUCAGUCUGACAUCAAUACCAGGGAAGAUUCUGGAGCAGAUCAUUAAGCAAACAGUCUGUGAGCACCUAGAAAGGAAUGCUGUGAUCACCAAUAGUCAGCAUGGAUUUCUGAAAAAUAAGUCAUGUCAGACUAACCUGAUCUCAUUUUUUGACAGAAUUAUAAGCCUGGUAGAUGAAGGGAACGCAGUGGAUGUAACCUACCUUGAUUUCAGCAAGGCAUUUGACAAGGUGCCCCAUGAUAUUCUUGUAAAGAAGCUGGUAAAAUGCGGUCUUGACUAUGCUACCACUCAGUGGAUUUGUAACUGGCUGACUGACCGAACCCAAAGGGUGCUCAUCCAUGGUUCCUCUUCAUCCUGGAGAAGAGUGACUAGUGGGGUGCCACAGGGUUCUGUCUUGGGCCCGGUCUUAUUCAACAUCUUUAUCAACGACUUGGAUGAUGGACUCAAGGGCAUCCUGAUCAAAUUUGCAGAUGACACCAAACUGGGAGGGUGGCUAACACCCCAGAGGACAGGAUCACAUUUCAAAACGACCUUGACAGAUUAGAGAACUGGGCAAAAACAAACAAGAUGAAUUUUAACAGGGAGAAAUGUAAAGUAUUGCACUUGGGCAAAAAAAUGAGAGGCACAAAUACAAGAUGGGGACACCUGGCUUGAGAGCAGUACAUGUGUAUGGAUCUUGGAUUCUUGGUUGACCACAAACUUGACAUGAGCCAACAGUGUGACGCGGCAGCUAAAAAGCCAAUGCAAUUCUGGGCUGCAUCAAUAGGAGUAUAGCAUCUAGAUCAAGGGAAGUAAUAGUGCCACUGUAUUCUGCUCUGGUCAGACCUCACCUGGAGUACUGUGUCCAGUUCUGGGCACCACAGUUCAAGAAGAACACUGACAAACUGGAACGUGUCCAGAGGAGGGCAACCAAAAUGGUCAAAGGCCUGGAAACGAUGCCUUAUGAGGAACGGCUAAGGGAGCUGGGCAUGUUUAGCCUGGAGAAGAGGAGGUUAAGGGGUGAUAUGAUAGCCAUGUUCAAAUAUAUAAAAGGAUGUCACAUAGAGGAGGGAGAAAGGUUGUUUUCUGCUGCUCCAGAGAAGCGGACACGGAGCAAUGGAUCCAAACUACAAGAAAGAAGAUUCCACCUAAACAUUAGGAAGAACUUCCUGACUGUAAGAGCUGUUUGACAGUGGAAUUUGCUGCCAAGGAGUGUGGUGGAGUCUCCUUCUUUGGAGGUCUUUAAGCAGAGGCUUGACAACCAUAUGUCAGGAGUGCUCUGAUGGUGUUUCCUGCUUGGCAGGGGGUUGGACUCGAUGGCCCUUGUGGUCUCUUCCAACUCUAUGGUUCUACGAUUCUACACCCUUUUGCCUGUCUUCGAAGAUCUCAUUCCACAUUCCCUCCCAUGCCUAAACAAAGUACAGUGGUACCUCAGGUUACAUACGCUUCAGGUUACAUACACUUCAGGUUACAGACUCUGCUAACCCAGAAAUAUUACCUCAGGUUAAGAACUUUGCUUCAGGAUGAGAACAGAAAUCGUGCUCCGGCGGUGCAGUGACAGUGGGAGGCCCCAUUAGCUAAAGUAGUGCUUCAGGUUCAGAACAGUUUCGGGUUAAGAACGGACCUCCGGAAUGAAUUAAGUACUUAACCCGAGGUACCACUGUAUUUCUCACCAGCCCUUUCCCCCCCUUUCCCUUUGACACACACAGCAUUUAAGGUUGGAAUCAAGGUUUCCUUUAUUUCUGUCCUAGUCCUUUCUUUUGAAGCAGGACUUCCCUGCUUAGCCUUAAAGCCUUUUCAAGAUAAGUGCUUCUGCCCAAAGACACAUGCUAAAGCAGGUGUGAGCGUCGCCAUUUCCCAGAACAGGAACAGCAUGCGUCUUCUAUGAAGCAAAACCAGGGAGGGCCUGGAACUGACUAGGCCGCCACAAGACUAGGUGGACUGUGUCCCUCACCUCUUGUGGGUGACUUCCUUAAAAAUAACAUUCGCUGUAACAUUCAACACAUGCAGGGUACUGUGCUGAAAAUCUGCUGACAACAAAGCAAUGGCCUGUAGCGUUCUGCUGGUGCCCUGCAAUUUCACCUCAAUUCUGCCAAGCGUGGCUUGCCGUUAAUUGCAUUUUUGAGCACAUCCUUGCCGGCGAGAGCUUCGCGGCGGAAUGUCAGUCAUUUUCUUUUGAUUCCUCGGCAGCCAGUUGGCGCUGGCAACUUGGUGCGUGAGAGGAGAUAACCCACCUGUUCCUGUGGCAGGUUUGGCCUUCAGACCCCACCCACCAGCCUAAGAUACUCUGGAUUGGCAGCUGCAGGUUGUUAAAAACAAAAUGAAACCCUGCUAUGCAGAACGUGAAUUUGUUUAGAGCUGAAUCAUGGAGAAGAUGAGAGAGAAUUUGUGGGAAAUGAAUGGCCAAGUAUAUAGAUGGCAAGUCAUAUGUCUUAUGUGGCGCUCUAGGGUGACUGCUGGGAAAUCAUUUGUUAUAGGCCUCAUUUUUCUAGAGCACUGAUCAGUGCUUUGCAGCUUCCACCAUUCAAAUUCCCCACAGCACCCCUAAAAUAGUAUUGCUCUGGGGGAAUUGUGGGAAACUUCUCCCCCUAUUAUUUUUUUUUUUGACAAAGUAAUAAUCAUAAAUAAAUAAGAAUAAAAAUGUGCACCCCACCACCGAGACCAUUCCAUUGUAACUAUCCAACCUCCCAAAAUUUCAGCAUGAAUUCUGCAAACGCCUUCCUAAUAAUAAUAAUUUAUUAUUUAUACCCCGCCCAUCUGCCUGAGUUUUCCUAGCCACUCUGGGCGGCUUCCAAUCAAGUGUUAAAAACAAUACAGCAUUAAAUAUUAAAAACUUCUCUAAACAGGGCUGCCUUCAGGUGUCUUUUAAAAAGAAGAUAGCUGCUUAUUUCCUUCACAUCUGAAGGGAGGGCGUUCCACAGGGCGGGCGCCACUACCAAGAAGGCCCUCUGUCUGGUUCCCUGUAACCUCACUUCUCGCAAUGAGGGAACCGCCAGAAGGCCCUCGGUGCUGGAUCUCAGUGAACGAUGGGGGUGGAGACGCUCCUUCAGGUAUAUAGGUAUAUCUCCUCAAAAUCAUUUCUCCUGCGUAUUCCCCAUCUUACCUUAAUGGCACAUGUUAAUUUAUCAUUAAAGGCUGGAAUUGUGGGUAACUUAAUGGCAGAAGUUGCCCGAGUCUGAUCAGAGUGCUACAGAUGCCAAUUGCCAGUGCCUGUAUUAUUGCUAUUGCUAUUUAUUAAGAUUUAUAAUACCGCCUUUCAUCACAAGAUCUCAGGGCAGUUCACAAUUAAGCCCAAGGAAGCCUAUUAGUGCAAGAGGCACUUUUGCUUAAAGGCUUGGUCAAACCUGAAGCAGUAGCACAACGGGGGCCUAUAUUAGUGGGGCAAGGAAGCAGGCUGUAAACAGAUUUCUGCCUUAGGUACCUUGUUGGAGCAAAUGUGCUGCCCCCCCCUUUUUGCCGUAGCCAUGAGCGCUGUUGUUAUCAUCCAUUUAAUUUAUAAGCUGCUUCCCAAAGUGAUUUGCAAUAGAACAAAAGCCUGUAUAAGUAAGUUUCUUAUAGAAAAACAGUUUAUAGCAACAGCACAUACAUAAAAUCAAUUCAGGUGCGGUACAGAGACCAAGUGAGAUAAAGAUCUCCGUUUAGAAGGCGGCAGUCAUACCUUGGUUGGCGAACGCCUUGCAAGACAAACGUUCCGGCUCCCAAACGCCGCAAACCCGAAAGUGAGUGCUCCGGUUUGCAAACGUUUUUCAGAAGCCAAACGUCUGACGCUGCUUCCGCGGCUUCUGAUUGAGUGCAGUAAGCUCCUGCAGCCAAUCAGAAGCUGUGCCUUGGUUGUUGAACGUUUUCAGAAGUCAAAUGGACUUCCGGAUCAGAUUCCGUCCGACAACCAAGGUACGGCUGUAUUUGAAAAAGGAGGAAUGUCUUUAGCAGGCGCUGAAAAGACAGCACAGAAGGUGCCAGUCUUACAAAGUGUGAUGCAACUUGGGUGAGAGCGGAUGCCCUUCCCAGUCUUUGACCAGAGCAGCCAUUCUGCAUUCCCAAAGUUUGAUGGAUCCCUGUUGUGUUUGUCUUCUAGCUCUCUCGAGUCACCUCAUAAUAAUAAAUGGGGUGGGGAAGACAAACACUGCCUGGUAAACAUCUGUGGGGGCUUGAAGACUCCUCUCCCUCCUGACUUGCUGUCCCUGGGAUCUUGUCGAGCCAAUCCCAUGCCAGUUGCCAAAAGUGGGUUAGGACUCUGCAGGCAGCUCGGUGGGGUCAUUCCGAGACCAGCACAAUGUGAAAUUUCUGGCCCAGCCACCCCAAUUACUGGGGGAGGAUUCUGUUCCUAGGAGGGUAGCGGUUUUCCCUUCCCCUGCCCAUUCCCAGGCCCUCCUGUUACUCACACACUGUAUCUGUUUUCCACUGUGAAGCGCUCAUGGAUUGAGCUUCCCCAUUUUGGGUGGGGGUGCACUUUCUGAAGUGGGUCGGGACGCAGCAGGGCGUUCAUAGACUCUAAUCAAUGUUUCAGAACGCGCUCCGCCGCUGGGCUGUAACAGUUCUUUACUUUAGGGGGUCCUGGACGCACUCUGUGAUUCUGUAGGAACCAAAUUCUCCUGAACAAUUGAGUAAUGAGUCAGGAAUUAGAGCUCUGUUUCCUUCUCCUCCCACUGCAUUCUGAAGUUUCCUUCCAAAUUUCUUUUUGGGUAAAACAGUUACGCAAGCGUUCCAUGCUUUGCUUCAGAUCCAAACGUCACAACUAAGAAACUUAACUGAUGUUGCAGCUGGACCAAGAGUUGCAGUGUUGUGCGGCAAAGUAGAAUCUACUAAGUAGAUUAUCGAACUUGCAGGAUAAGUCCCUGCUCAGAUAUAGGAUCAUCGAGUCAGAAGGGACCCUGAGGAUCAUCUCGUCCAGCUCCCUUGCACUGCAGGAAGAUUCAGCUGUCCCAUAUGGGGAUCGAACCCGCAACCUUGGCAUCAUCAGUACCACACUCUAACCAGCUGAGCUAUCCAGGCUUGGGCACAUCGCUGUACUUCAGCCCAGCUUAAUACAACCUUAAAUACAAAAUCCGCUACCGCCACUACUUAACUCUUUGAUUACUUUUCUCUGCUUCCCUUUUCUUGAACGUACUUAAGCCCAGCCUCCCUCCACCCUGGGGCUCUCCAAAUGGUGUUGGACUCCAGUUCCCAUCAUCCCUCACUUUUUGGCCGUGUUGACUAGAGCCGAUGGGAGCUCUAAUCUGAAAUAUUUUUAGGGUUACAGUCAUGCAAGCCUGACUAAAGUUGCAAAAUGCAGGGCUCUACGUGGUUUUGGACAAGGUAAAGGGUGGUGCAGCGUAUUCUUUUAGAGGGAGCAUAGGGAAGACAAGCCAGUAGUGAUGUAUGGAAGUGAGAGCUGGACCAUAAAGAAGGCUGAUCGCCGAAGAAUUGAUGCUUUUGAAUUAUGGUGCUAGAGGAGACUCUUGAGAGUCCCAUGGACUGCAAGAAGAUCAAACCUCUCCAUUCUUAAGGAAAUCAGCCCUGAGUGCUCACUGGAAGGACAGAUGCUGAAGCUGAAGCUCCAAUACUUUGGCCACCUCAUGAGAAGAGAAGACUCCCUGGAAAAGACCCUGAUGUUGGGAAAGAUAGAGGGCACAAGGAGAAGGGGACGACAGAGGACAAGAUGGUUGGACAGUGUUCUUGAAGCUACCAGCAUGAGUUUGACCAAACUGCGGGAGGCAGUGGAAGAUAGGAGUGCCUGGCAUGCUUUGGUCCAUGGGGUCACGAAGAAUCGGACACGACUAAACAACAAAGGGAAGACAAGAGAAAGCCUGCUUGUGUACCUUCUAGUUCCUGAGCCUCCUGCAGAAACCAGUUGGCUUCACUACCACAGAGACCAGAAACAUCAUUCUUUCAAAAUGAAAACCCUUUUCUAGGUCUUGCAGAUCCAUGUGCCCAUCAGAGCCUCUGCCUUGCCCCAAAGUAGCCUUUCCCUCCUUACCGUUUGUGUUGUGACCUAGAGAGCGUUCAGCCCUCUUUCCCUUGUGAUCCCACAGAUGAAGAUGGUGGUUGUCAAUCUCGUUUGAGGUACUCGGCAAGUGGAGAGGCUUAGGAGUCUGCCCCUAAGAACAGAGGGCUUAAGAUGCACGUCCUCCAACAAUGCAGGAUGGCUCUAUGAGAGCCGCUGCAGAGACAUGGUUUCCUUCAAAUUAAAGGCGGCUCUGGGCAGAUGAAAAUGAUGGACUAUAUGGAAUUGGCGGAAAUGACUGGCAGAAUCCGAGACCAGGGAGAAGAGUCGGUGGAAGAAGAUUGGAAGAAAUUUAAAGAUUACUUACAGAAAUAUUGCAAAAUUAAUGAAUGUUAGAAUGAUGACGGAUUGAAGUUAAGCAGUUUCUAGAGGUAAUGGUAUAAAAGAAUAUGGAAAAAUUGUUUUUUAAUAUCUAAAAAUUUAAUGUUAUAAUAUAUCAAGAUUAAAGAUCAGGAUUAAAAAGGAGGGAAAGGAAUUGCUGGACUAACAAAUUGAAUUAGAAUACAAAAAAGGGAGGUAUGAGGAGGUCCGGGAAACAAGUAAAUGUAAAAGAAGCGAUGAAAAGAUGGAAUUGUUUUUAACUGUUUUUUCUUUUUUGUACUUUGUAUUUUGUAUUUUUCCUUUUUAUUGUUAAUUUUCUUAUUAAUGUGAUCUUUUUCUUUUGAAAGUUUAAUAAAUAUUAUUUUUAAAAAAACAACAAAUUAAAGGCGGCUCUGCUUUCUUCCACUUCUUGCUUGCAUGCCAGUCCUCCCUAACUUGCCUCUUCGUGGGGGAACAAAAUGUAGAAACGAAGCAGGUAAUAAAAUGCAGGUUAAGUGUUUCAGGUAACGAGUGUUGAGCAGGAUUGCAAAGAUGCUCCAAUAUGCAUCACUUUAUCUGUUCUCUUUUUCUCUCUCCCCUCUCUUUCUCAUCUAUUGCCCUCCCCUCCUCUGAAGAGCUGGGACCUGGUGCAACAGACACAGAACUACCUGAAGCUCCUGAUCUCCAUUAUUAAUGGUGACGGUGAGGUUUUCUUCUUGUUAUGGAGAAGGUGGGAAAUGGGGGAGGGUACCUUUUGGGGGUGGCUUAUUUGACUACUUUAGAACACUAUGGGGGGGGGGGUGAGAGAGAGAGUGUUUUGAAGAAAACUCCAUGGCAAAGAAACCUCAUGGCUAAAAGCAAGGGACUUGAGGGUUGGGCUUCUAGACUUAAAUACAGUGGUACCUCGGGUUACAGACGCUUCAGGUUACAGACUCUGCUAACCCAGAAAUAGUACCUCGGGUUAAGACCUUUGCUUCAGGAUGAGAACAGAAAUCAUGCGCUGGCAGCAGGAGGCCCCAUUAGCUAAAGUGGUGCUUCAGGUUAAGAACAGUUUUAGGUUAAGAACAGACCUCCGGAACAAAUUAAGUACGUAACCAGAGGUACCACUGUAUUGGCAUCCCCUUCAAUAAUCUGAGCUGAGCUGCAGAGUGCUGCUCCCUAUGCAUUUGACCUUAUGAAGGGCCUGUUGCCUCUGGUCUCCUUUGCACAGUGCACCCUGCAUGUCUCCCAAGAAAGCUCUCGUGAAACUUCUGUGGCUGAGACUUUUGGACGCAGCCAUUCCAUAUACCCUGCUUUUCAGAGGCCUCUCAUUUUGCUUCGCUCGGUGAGCUUUGAGGCUCUUGUUGUGAGCUCUGCCCCUGUAGCCGACUUGCCUCCCGAUCUGCCCCCUCUGAUUCGCUCAUCGGGGCUGAAUAUAAAAAGGUAAAGGGACCCCUGACCAUUAGGUCCAGUCGUGGCUGACUCUGGGGUUGCGGCGCUCAUCUCGCUUUAUUGGCCGAGGGAGCCGGCGUACAGCUUCCGGGUCAUGUGGCCAGCAUGACUAAGCCGCUUCUGGCAAACCAGAGCAGCCCACGGAAAUGCCGUUUACCUUCCUGCCGGAGCGGUACCUAUUUAUCUACUUGCACUUUGAUGUGCUUUCGAACUGCUAGAUUGGCAGGAGCUGGGACCGAGCAAUGGGAGCUCACCCCAUCGCGGGGAUUCGAACCGCUGACCUUCUGAUCGGCAAGUCCUAGGCUCUGUGGUUUAACCCAAAGCGCCACCCGUGUCCCUGGGGCUGAAUAUACAGGGCAGUUAUUUGGCUGGAUUUUACUCAUAGUGGACCCAUUUAAAUCCACAGGCCUAACUCAGUAAUUUUCAGUGGGUGCUUCUGUUGUUUCCUUUCUCCCGUCCCCCAGGCUUCAUAUAGUCCCUUGUUGCCUGCCUUGCGGAGCCUGUCCCUGGAGUACCCUGUGCCUUGUGCAUCUGGCCUGGCAUAUGCCACCGCAUCUCCUGGGGGGCUAGCGGAGCCCUCUGUGCCCCGGGGGGCUUUUCAUCCUGAAUGCCAUGCAAGUAACACAGCCUUUUCCCCUCCCGCCUUUUGCUUUGCCUUCCUGCUGGCUCAGCACAGAUGACAGUGGGCUCCUGAUACACUGUAUAUCCGGCUGGGACAGGACGCCUCUCUUCAUCUCCCUCCUGCGCCUCUCCCUGUGGGCUGUGAGUACCAAUGGGCAUGUUUCCGCAGACGAGGCAGUCGCCAAGGGGUGCAGCCGGGAAGGGGGCGGGUUGGGUGGAGAGGGAACGGUCGCUUUUCUUUCGUAGCUUGAUUGGCAACAGGGGGACCUCUGUGGUUCUUGCGGCGAUGCUUCCCCCCACUUUCUUCUUCAAAUGCACGAAUCUGUUAGUAGAAAACACAAUGUUCGGCAUGCUAAAUUACACGGGGCACCUUUUGCAUUGCUGGUACAGUUGGAAGAGGCAGCAACUUUCAGAACUGAGGACACCUUGCCCCACUAUUCGACUGGGGAAGAAGGUGGGGGUUUGUGGAACAAUUAGGGCUGCCUUUGGGGACAGAGAGGGCCGGAGGAUAUGGGACAACUUGAGUUGCACCGAAUUAAAAUCUUGCACUCCUUGUCUGCUAGAGCCUCCAUACAGAGCUAAUUCCAGAGGGGCAGGGAAGGAAGUGAGGUCAAACAUUUGCUGGUACCUCCAGACUGGCAAAGGAAUCACUGCCAGGGGCAGAGCAAGAAGGCUUGGUUUAUUUUCAGGUGAAGGGGCCCCCGCCGUGGACCCCCGAAAUCCUUCAACUUAAUAUUCUCUCCCAUUUUGGUUUCUAGGCUCUGUAUAGCUGAAACUUUUACUCCUCCCUUCCCUGUGACCUUAGAGGCCAGAGUCACACACUCUCUCUCUUAACAAAAACUGAAUUCCUUGAUGUCCUCUGAUCCACAUCCCUUAUUGUUCCUUACCGUUUCUUGUUCCGCAGCAGGAGCAAAUUGUGUUCGCUCAAGCAAAAGUGCAUCGAGCCUAUUGCAUUUGCAUAAUUUUCAUUUGCUGAUAAAACUGGGAUGUCGGGAAAUGCAGGGAAAAAAUCUCUGGAAUGAGAGGCGACAGGAAGGGCGGAGAAGCAGCAAAAAAAAGGGGGGGUGCCUCUUCAGAACUGUGGGUGUCAAAUUUGUCCCAUGGUGUUUGUAGAAGGUCACAGCUUUUUUUUCUCCUAUAACACUGAGGACGAGAAGCUUGCUUUUCGAAAACGGCUUUCAAUCUGGAGCUCCCCCAUGUAUAGAUUGCAUAUGACGUAGCUUUGGAGAGAAUUGCUGGCAUAGCUUCAUUGCAUUGACAAGAAACCAUUUCUCAGUCAUAGGAACACAGCGCUUUGGCUUAUAACCUGUUUGGGUCUCUCUUCCACACAGCUGCAGGGGGAAAUGCAGGGCAGCUGAAUGUCAUUUGUGAUGCAUUGUCAGUUUUUCAUUCCUUAGGAUGGGCUGAUCCAUGCAUCCCUGGAACCUGCAGAGAUCCUUUAUCUGACCGUGGCCUAUGACUGGUUCCUCUUUGGGUAAGCAUCCUGCCUUGGCCAAAACCAGGGAGGGAACAGUAGGACCAGCUGCAGAUUGGAUUAAUGCAGUUUCCCCUAACUCAUUUGAAUUUGAGGGUGGGGGCUCCCUACGCCGCACCAGCCAUUUGUUUUGCAGGUGAGCGUAUAGAGACCCUCGCACACAGUUGCACCUGUGCUCCCAGCCUACAGCUGUGAGUGAUAAUCUGUGUACUGGGGCACUGAUCAUAGAAGGGCAUCUCUGAUUUCCCAAGACCAUGCAGAUAGAAGCUUAACUUUUUAUUAUUUAUUUAUUUAUUUAUUUAUUAUACCCCACCCAUCUGGCUGGGCUUCCCCAGCCACUCUGGGCGGCUUCCAAAAAAAAACCCAAACUAAAAUACCGUAAUACAACUUAAAGCUGCCAUUGAAGGCUCUGUCCUUCCCAGAUUAGCUGGUGAUUAUGCGACCAGCAAAUCCAGCAUUGGCAAAUAGGAACCUGUUUGCCAGGAGACCUUCAGUCCAACCUACUUCACAGCUGGCAGGAGAAGGAAAGCUCCAAGCUAAGCCUGUCUCAAGAUCCUCCCCUCUUGUGUGAAUUCUGGUCAUAGUCUGAAGAAACAUUGGGUGGGCAAUGGAGAAACAGACUUCCAGCCUCUGUUUCCUUGCUUGCUCUUGAGUUUGAACGCUACUCGGUUUCCCUCUUUCUCUUGCAGGCACAUGCUAGUGGAUCGACUCAGCAAAGGGGAAGAGGUGAGUGUCGCGGGGGGGGGGGCGUCAAAAGAGUGGCAGUGAUGUCAGCGUCCCAUGGCGGACUCCACCCUGGCAAGGGAGGGGGUGGGGUGAGGCAACAGUAGCCAGAGGUGUGCAGGUAUUAUCUGCACCCGAAAUUUUAGCAGGAUAAGCUUUAAAAUUUGCAUCCUGUGCCACGGGAAGCCAAACAGCUUCCCAUAAUGGCCCAGAGCAGAAACCUCCAGCAAGCCUGUAGGCAGGAGACGUCGAACGGUGCAGCGAUCAGCGUGUUUCAGUUUAGAGAAAAAAGGCAAGUAAAUUAGACAUGAUAGCACUAUGGAGAAAGUGGAUAGAGGGUUUUUCUCCUUCUGUAAUGUAGAGAAAGUGGAUAAAAGCUUUUCGCCCUCUCGCAUAAUCAGUCGAAGGCAGAAUUCGCCCCUGAAGCUGGAUGGUGGCGAUUCAGCGCAGAAAAUAAAGGAAGCACUGCUUUGCCCUGUGCCUUAGUUAAACUGGGGGUUGGACCACCCCAAGAUUUAACAAUGUCUCCCCACUUGGAUGGCUCUGAAAAAGGAGUGUUGGGCAAACCAGUGGUGGAUAAGGUUGGGUCGUAAUGAGUACUGGUUGCUAGAGAUCACAAACGGGAAAAUGCUCGUGGCAUUCAUGUUUUGCUUAUGGGCUUCCCACAGGUUUCUGGUUGGUAGGAUGCUUGACUGAAAUUUGGCUGCAUUGGCCACUGAGUGUAAGCGUGGCUGCCUAAUCGUCCUUGAUUGGGUCUUCCUCUUCAAAUAAAACCCCUGCGCCAUGAUUUGUUCUUUUAAAAUUCCGAGAUGCCAAAGUGAUUUGUAACUCUGUGGGUUCCUAGACCCUCCGGUCAUCUUGGCUUGGGCAUGUGCAACACCUUUCCAUAGCCAUGUCUCCUCUUUCAUAAUGUCAGCUCUGUGUGUUUGUGUUGUUUUGCCUUCUCACAAGCAGCGCCCAGGCCUGGCCAGCAGGAGACCCCUGGAAAAGUGUUGGCUUAUGAGGGGGUCUUGCUAGGCUUGUGUGGUGGUGGACAGCCCCCUUCCUGCAGAGAUGAGGAAGGCGUACAGUAUGACAGCUGUCAUUUACCAAGUGCUGUCGCCCCUUGCUCUCUCUUACGCUUUCUCCUCUCUCUCUCUCUCUCUCUCUUUCGGUUCCAGAUUUUCUUUUUCUGCUUCGAUUUUCUGAAGCACAUCACCUCCGAGGAGUUCUCGGCUGCUAAGCCGCCAAGGUAAGGAGAGCCCACAGUAGGAGCUUCCUUCUACCAAAGGCAGCCUAAAAGAACGGAGAAUCUUGUUAGCGCACGCUCUUUCUACUGGGAGAUGGGAGACCCAGGUGCCUUGGCCCAAUUUGCUUUAAUUUAUUCUGCAGUGAAAACGGGGCCACAUCACUUUCUCUGAAGAGGUUUGGGCUGCAAAGUCCUACAUAAGAAAAAAAAAGUGGCCGUGAGUUUGGUCGGCGCAUGGGGUGGGUCAACGGGCGAGAGGGCCUCUCGCCUUGCACCGGUUGCUGUUGAAACAGCACUGCAGCUGUGGCAGUAGCAUCACACCCCUUGAAGAUGGUCCAGAAGCAGCAAGCAGUGCAGAAUUUGGCAGCCAGGUGCCACAAAGCGGAAUUGUGUCACCGAUCCUUAAAGAGCUGCCCUGGCUGCCUGUUUUUUACUGGGCACUAUUUAAGGUGUUUACCAUAGAGCCCUAUACAGCAGGGGACCCAAGUCCAUUGCAUGCCAGCCUAUGCCUUAGGGUCUGAAAGGAGAUAACCUGCUUGCAGUUUCAUCCACAGUUGUGGUUUGCUGUGUGACAGGACAGCGCAGGGCCUUCUUUCUCUGUUAACGGCCCCUGGGAUGUGGAGCUCUCUCCCACUAGAGAGAACAGGUGUCCCCCAGAUUACCGUAUUUUUUUGCUCUAUAAGACUCACUUUUUCCCUCCUAAAAAGUAAGGGGAAAUGUGUGUGCGUCUUAUGGAGCGAAUGCAGGCUGCACAGCUAUCCCAGAAGCCAGAACAGUAAGAGGGAUUGCUGCUUUCGCUGCGCAGCGAUCCCUCUUCUUGUUCUGGCUUCUGAGAUUCAGAAAUUUUUUUUUCUUGUUUUCCUCCUCCAAAAACUAGGUGCGUCUUAUGGUCUGGUGUGUCUUACAGAGCGAAAAAUACGGUACCUGGUUUUUUGGAUUUUAAAUGAAAGACUCUCCCCCCCGAAAUGGCUGGUUUUAAGAAUUGUUGUCUUCGGCUCUAAGAUUGCUUGUUUUUUGUUUUUUAAAAAAUGAAUGGUAUGGAUAGCGUUCAGCGUUCUGUCUCCAAAUGGUGGCUAGCAAGAGACUUCUGGGCAGAGCCCAGUCAGGACAAACUCCUAUUGUUUACCGGCCCAACUAUGAGGCAGGGUGAGGCUGCCACCUCAGGCGGCAGAGGCCCCCAACGCCACGCUGGCAGUGGAGAAACAGCACCAGCGCCAGUUUCCAGUGAGCUCUCACAAGACCUUGCCAAAAUCUCGCAAGUUCUUGUGGAGAUCACUUUCCCCUUGUAUUUGUAUUUUUUAAAGCCAAUUACUUCCAAAAAUUGCUUUCUUCUGUGGCAGGGCUAAAUUCCCUCCUGGUCAGUAGUUGUUUAACCAGUCAAGACCUGGAGAAAUACUGUUUCCAAGUCCGUUUUCCAUUGGUGGUUCAGCGGCAUCUGAUGACUUGUCAUGUUUUGUCUCUCCCCGCCCUAGAAGGAAGAGCCUGCCACCCGGAUUUACUUUGGAAGAAAUCUGUAUGCUGAGUGAGUGUCUCUUGCCGCCUCCUAACCAGUCCCCCCUCUAGCCUCAACUGGGUCUGCUUUGUGAUGGCGAGUGGGACAGCAAGGUUUCGCUCACUAGGGGAAUUUGGGGAAAGCCUUUGAGAGCCAUAGCUCAUCGCAGUUUCACAGGAAGGUGGCCAGGCCACUGGAUUCAGAUUCCAGAAAAGAUCGGUGUCUCUACAACUGCAACGGAAAUCUACUCCAGCUGCUGAUUGAAAAUGAGGAUAACAAAUGGGGCCUGCAACAAAAUGUUGCAGUGUAGAGCAUUCCCCACUUCCGGGGUAUCUCCCCCUUCUCCCUGCCCCUCACCAGUUUUCUAUUUCCUCGCAAACAGUCAACCAGCCCCCCCCCUGAGCACGCUCAGUCAUCACUGGGCUGCUUGGAGUUCCUUCCCAUUUCAAGUUUCCCCCUCCAUAAAGAUUUUUGUACUAAUGUAAUGCCGUCCUGUUAGCAAAAAGAUUUCUGUUAGUGCAGUGGAACUUUCCCGCUUUCCCUGCAUGCCCUCUUUCCUCCCCAAAUCUGCUCCCGAGGGACCCCCAGAACAUUUUUCUUUUUGGGGGGGGACCACAUGGGGAGAAAUUAGAUUCCACAAACGUUGCACAUGGGAUGACUUUGCUGGAUACAACCAUGCUUGUUACAUAAGGGCCUAUGGGAUAAAUCCUUAAAACCGCUGAGGGACAAGUGUGUGUUCUGAGAUAACCAGACAACUGUAAUUGGUGUGCAUGUGCUGCCACAGAAUGUGGCAAUAAUUCGAUUUCCUGAGAACUUAUCACCCUGAUCAAAGCACAUAUACUCAAACUGCCCAGUCCUCUUAGAUUGGAAGACCCAAGAGUAUGUGUGCAGUUCCUGCUGAAAUUUCAGGAUCUAGAGAGGUGGCAGAGUCAGGCCGCAUCUACCCUAGGUGUUUAAAGUGGUAUUGUAUCACUUUAUAAACAGUCAUGGCUUCUCUCUGGGAGCUGUAAGGGGAGCCCUAUUUCCCCUCAGCGAAAUACAGCUCUCAGAGUAACCUCAGAAGAGGGAUUGAUUGUUAAACCACUGUGGGAAUUGCAGCUCCUAACAGCUCUCAUGACCCUCAGCAAAGUACAGUUCACAGGAUUUUUAAAGAAAAGCCACGACUGUUUCAAGCGGUCUGGUACUGUGUAGAUGCUGCAUAAGAUUUCCAGUGAUGGUGGCGGGAACUGACUUUCCUGCAUAAGUCCUCCUUCCCCUUGACACUCCCAGCAGCAGUUUUUCAAGAUACGCAAAAUCAAAGCAGUCAUGCAGAUGUGCUUAAUAUGCCUAAUCCACUGGGCUGCAGCAUUUUCUGGUCAGAGAACUUGGCACUAAAUUCUGUGCCCAGAGUAUAUACAUGUCCCCGGUUCUUACGGGGGGGAAAAUCUCCCAUCACGGGUGAAAAACGUAAGAUGCUGUUCCCUCCCAUUUUGCAGGUGGGGAGCUGUGCUUGGAAAGGUGGGGGGUUUCCCCAGGGAACCCUAGCAAGUUUGUCGCUGGGCUGAGAUCCAGGUCUGAGUCCUCAAUGCUCUCAGAUGGGGCUUUGCUGAUGGGGGACAAAGGCCUGCUUGCUUUUGACUAGGAUUGUAAAAGACUGCCUGUUUAUCUUUAAAAAGAAAAGCUCCGGUGCCCCAAGAGGAUAUAGCAGCUGUGACUCCUGCCUCACUAUUGGCCCAUUUAUGACUUAAUAAUAAUAAUAAUAAUAGUAAUAAUAAAUUUUAUUUAUAUCCCGCCCUCCCCAGCCGAAGCCGGGCUCAGGGCUCAGGACUUGUAACCCAUGCAGUGGGUAGGAGAGGAGAGUGGGCAAAUUGGGUCUGCGUCUUCUUAGCCCAGAGUAAUGAACCUGUGGUCCUUCAGAUGUCGGACUACAACUCCCAUCAGCCCCCUCUUUGGGGAGAGGCUGUGGCUCAGUGGCAGAGCACAUGUUCAACCCCUGGCAGGCACCAGGCAGUUCCCUAUGGUCCCGAUUCCUGGCUUUGCUGCCCUGGAGCUGCUACGCAUUUGGGAGUUUGGUAGCAUCUGGCAUGGCCGCAGCUUCCCCACCUUUUCCUUGCCCCUCCUGAGCUCUUAAAUAAACAGGUGCUGCCUCUGAACGAGAGCCUGGCAACUCUUGCGCUCACCACUGCAGGUGGUAAUGCUCAGCCUUGUGACAGAUCACUGAACUGUCAUCUUUGCUAAUAAUUAAAACAAAAAACAAAAAAACAACAACCGCCCCUCUUAAGUUCUGCCAUGCUUUUCUCAGCUGCAGCUUGGAAACGGUUUGGCUGUUUCUGAGAAGUGCAGGAUUGGAGCUACAUAUAUGCCGUGGAAAGAAGAGCCAAGUUCCGUGGUCGGUGUAAAUAAGCAACUGAAUAAACAGCUCACGCUCUUCUCAUUAUGGAAAUGUCUGCUGAUACCUUUUGCACCCAUCUCUGGUUAUGAUGUGGGACGCCCAAGUCCCAUUUCUGACCACAUGGAACCACAUUACAGUGGUACCUCGGGUUACAGACACUUCAGGUUACAGACUCCGCCAACCCAGAAAUAGUACCUCAGGUUAAGAACUUUGCUUCAGGAUGAAAACAGAAAUCGCACUGCGGCGGUGCAGCAGCAGCGGGAGGCCCCAUUAACCUAAAGUGGUACCUCAGGUUAAGAACAGUUUCAGGUUAAGAACGGACCUCCAGAAUGAAUUAAGUUAUUAACCCGAGGUACCACUGUACAGUGGUGCCUCGCAAGACGAAAUUAAUUCGUUCCGCAAGUCUCUUCGUCUUGCGAGUUUUUCGUCUUGCGAUGCACGGUUUCCCAUAGGAAUGCAUUGAAAAUCAAUUAAUGCGUUCCUAGGGAAACCGCCUUCAGACCAGGUCCGGGGACAGUCUGUCCCCGGACCUCUUCUGAAGGCUGGGGGGCAAGGGCUUUUCUUCCCACCCCCAGCAUUUUAAAAAACCCCGGGACAGCGGAGGACUUCUCCGCUGUCCGGGCGAUCUUAAAAUGCUGGCGGGCGGCAUUUUAAAAUCACCCGGGACAGCGGAGGACUUCUCCGCUGUCCGGGGCAAUUUAAAGCCCCUGGGAAGGCAGGCAGGGGGACAAAGACUUUGCCCCCGCCAGCCUUCAAAAGAGGUCCUGGACCUCUUCUGAAGGCGGGCGGGGGCGAAAGUCUUGCUCCCCGCCUUCAAAAGCCCUCCGGGACAGGCAGGCAGGGGGAGCAAAGACUUCGCCCCCGCCCACCUUCAGAAGGUCUUCCCUCCCCCCGCCCGGCCCGGAGCACCGUUCCGAGCCGGGCGGCGGCGGGAGGUGUUCCCUCCCCGCCCGGCUCGGAGCACCGUUCCGAGCCGGGCAGAGGCGGGAGGUCUUCCCUCCCCACCGCCCGGCUCGGAGCACCGUUCCCGAGCCGGGCAGAGGCGGGAGGUCUUCCCUCCCCCGCCCGGCUCGGAGCACCGUUCCCGAGCCGGGCGGCGGCGGCAGGUGUUCCCUCCCCCCGCCCGGCUCGGAGCACCGUUCCGAGCCGGGCGGCGGCGGCAGGUGUUCCCUCCCCCCGCCCGGCCGGAGGAGCCUUCCGAAGCCCCGCGGCGGCGGGAGGGGGUGUCCCCGCCCCCCCGCCAGGCUUCGGAGGGGGUCCGAGGACAGUGGGGAAGACGCGCUGCGCUUGCCCCCGGUCCCUGAGAUUCCCUAUGGGCUGUCGUCUUGCGAAGCAAGCCCAUAGGGAAAUUCGUUUUGCGAAGCGCCUCCAAAACGGAAAACCCUUUCGUCUAGCGGGUUUUCCGUCUUGCGAGGCGUUCGUCUUGCGGGGUACCACUGUAUAACAUUUCCUCACCUUCCCACACCCUUAAAAAAAAAUACGCCAGUUUUGAAAUCUCAUCAGGCAGUGAAGCUUGUUUUCUUAACUUUAAAAAAACAAAAAACCUUUUGCACCCGAUAAUCUUAUGCUUCUUCAGCAUAACUGCAGAAUGUACAUGCAAUCUCAUGUGAUACCUGUUUGCAUAGAGUUCAUAAACAAGCUCCUGUUCUUUUUGCAAGACUACAGUUAGACUUGUAUGGACUGUACUGAAAAACUUAAUCCAAAAUAUGCCUCCGAACCUCCUGCCUAUCACAUAGGAGCUAUUUAUUAUGAGUAAGCAAACAGAUGUUUCUCCUUCUGAUUAAAGCUGUUAAUAAUAAUAAAUUUUAUUUAUACCCCGCCCUCCCUGGCCAGAGCCAGGCUCAGGGUGGCUAACAACAGUGAAAUUACAGUAAAAACAUAAUGGGGGGGGGCACAAUUUAAAAUACAGGUUAAAAUGCAAUUUAAAAUGCAGCCUCAUCAAAACCAUAAGGGGAGGGAAACAUAAGGGUCAGACUGAGUCCGAACCGAAGGCCAGGCAGAACAGCUCUGUCUUGCAGGCCCUUCAGAAAGAUGUCAAGUCCCGCAGGGCCCUAGUCUCUUGUGACAGAGCGUUCCACCAAUUUGAGGCCAGUACUGAAAAGGCCCUGGUCCUAGUUACGACCAAUCUAACCACCUUGUGACCUGGGACCUCCAAAAUGUUGUCAUUUGUGGACCUUAAGGUCCUCCGCGGGGCAUACCAGGAGAGGUGGUCCCGCAGGUAUGUGGGUCCUAGACCGCAAAUGUUAAAACGAACUGUUGUGUGAGUUCAUGUGUGGUGGAGAUCUCUGUGUGAGGUUUGUUUGUGAGGAUGCUGGGUUUGCUACUUUAUAGAAGAAAGGUAGUCCGACGUUGCUUUCUUUGUGUUCCAGAGCAGAGGGACCGGGGCAGCCCUACUAGUCUCAGCAGCGACUUCUCUCUCGUGAUGGAGAACUCACCUGGGGCUGCAGGGAGCUUCACCUACGAAGCAGUGGAGCUGAUGCCAGCAGGGUCCCAAACACAGGCUGCUUGGUAAGACCGUGUGUGUGUGUGUGUAUGCAUGUGCCUUCAACCAUGGGGCAGGUGUAUGUGGGGCGGCAGGUGCAUGGCUUUAGUAAACAUGUGCCACAAAAGCAGUCCGUUACAAUAGCUUAGACAGGGGCUAAGGUAGCAGAAUCUACAUCCAGGCCUCUCACCCUUCCCAAUUUUUGAAGCAGUGACCCCGAUGGUACCUUGAGCCAACCUCACCCUCGGUGUGUUGCUGGUCUGGCUGAGGUUCCAACACAUCUCACACUACAUCCAGGUGCAAAAUUAGGCAUGCACAUAAACCCAGUAUUAUUGCAGAGGCCCUGAGGAACCCCUUCAUUUGGCAGAGGGCACCUGUCAAAUCAGAAAUAGCCUGUCUAGUACCCCAUACACACAUAGUGCAUUCCUCUCACCUCACUGGUUCCUCUCCCAGUACUGAAUUAGAAAGCCUCUGGGACAUUAUACAGUGGUACCCCCAGGUUAAGUACUUAAUAGGUUCCGGAAGUCCGUUCUUAACCUGAAGCAGACUUUCCCAUUGAAAGUAAUGGAAAGUGGAUUGAUCCGUUCCAGGUGAUGAAAAGCACCCCCUAAAACAGCAAUUUAAGACGAAUUUUACUCUUUCGCGAGACCAUUGAUCCAUAAAAUGAAGGCAGUAAUCCAUGUACUGUACUAUAAAAUAAAUAAGACAGUAUUUUAGGUGAAAAAAAAUAACAUUUAUUUCUUUCCUUACAUGCACUCAUUGGCUUGGCUCCUGGCAUUCGCAGAGGCCUCAGAGAGCUCCCAUGGCUGGAGCCCAGUCGCGGAGCCUCUGCAGGCCCUGCGGACGUCGGGGCUUGGCUCCCGGCCUCUGCAGGCCCCGCGGAUGUUGGGACUUGGUUCCCGGCAUUCUCAGAGGCCUCUGAGAGCUCCGUAGGCCCCGCGGGUGUCUGGGUUUGCCUCCAGGCAGCGGCGAGGUCUCCGAGAGCUCGGACAACUUACUUCCGGGUUAAAAUCGUUCGUAAGUUGAAGUGUUCAUAACCCGAGGUACCACUGUACAGUUAUAGAGUUGGAAGGGUUGCCCAGGUGUCAUCCAUUCCAACCGCCUGCGAUGCAAGAAUCUCCUCGAAAGCAUCCAUGACAGAUAGUAACCCUCUCACUUAUAACUAGGAAUGUUCUUCAGCCCGGGCACAGGGGGCCCUUCCAAGCCAAGGGGCGGGAGGCAGGCAGGCAGGCAGGAGUGACCCAAUGGAUAUAGGGUUCUACCUCCUGUCCCCCAUCUUGACUGCACAAAAUCCACCGCCUAGGGCUAAAGUUGGCCAUCCUACAUGCCACUCUGUGAUCUGCUGGUAGUAGGGCUCCCUUCUGGGAAACUGGAGAGCCACUGCCUGUCACUGGAGACGAUGCUGAGCUGGGUGGUCCAGAUGAUUAAGCAGAUGGACUAAAUGAUUAGGAAUAAGGCAGCUUCCUCUGUAGAAAAGGCUCUCAAAUCCAGGGGGGAAGCCAGCCAACCAAUUUCGUCCAAGCAUGACAUACCACUUGGCCCUAGGAUAGGCGGAUCCUUGACAGUGAAGGUCGUUCCACGAGGGGGGGGGGAGCUUGUUCUUCCCUCCCCUCCGUUGGCCUGGACCUUGAAGUCUAUGCGGGAGAGGAGCUAGCGGGAGAAGAGGAGAAGCUCUCCCACAUGACGGGAGGGUAGGGAGCCAAAGGCUGGGGAUUUCGGAGCCUUGCCCGCGGGCCUGCCCUGCUCAGUUUAAUUUUUCUUUCUCCUCCCCAAGCACGUGUGCUAAUGAUAUUUUACAGUGCAAUUAUUCUGAGCUAAAUCUGGGCUGUGCUGAGAGGCAGCUGGAAAUCCUCUGGGCAACAGCGAACCCUCAGCUUGCUGUUGCAUGCCUGGCUUCUUGGAGUGCAGGAGAGAGAGCGAGAGAGAGAGAGAGAGCUGUUCAGAGCAUGGGCAGCCCUCGAAAUGGUGGCCCUGCCAAGUCUGCUCAGCACCCCAGUCAAAUUGCAGGCGGCACACAGUAGCUGACAGUGAAAACCUUGCAGGGAAAGAAGGGCUGGCAGAUGAUUCUGCAGGAACUGGAAGCUGUUCUGGGUCGCCUGAGUUGUGCGCAGGGCUGUCUGGAAUUCUGAGCUGAAAGGCAGAUUCUGUUGCCAGAGGACUUCUUUGUGUGCGCACACCGUCUCUGUAUUUCUCAAUUUACAGCAUGUGCAAGGAUAAUCCCGGUCCCGUGAGGGCUGUUGUAUGUGUUGGAAGGGAAAUUUGGAGGAGUGUCAGGGGGAACCAGCUGGGGAACCCCCCAAGAGAAGAAGGCUCAGAGCCAGGGGAUUGGUGGUGGGACGACGACGAGUGGCCAGAGGGAGAAGAGGGAGCAGACUUAGGAGGAGGAGGCGUCGGAAACUGAAGAGGCAACAGGGGUUAGUGAGCAGGAGGAAGCUAGGACAGAGAGCAGUCCUGGUUCAGAAGCUGGAGAGGAGGGAGGCCAGGAGAGAGAGGAGGCCGGCUGCAGAAGAAUACAGGGAGUCUCCUCCUGCUGCUGCAACCAGCUCCCCCUCCCUCCUGGUCUCCCAGAACACACAAAGAAAUGAAAAGAGCAGAGGAGAGAUUGGUUGUGCACAGGCGCAGUCUCCGAUUGCUUGGCAAAAACCCUGGAGAGGGGGAGACUUAGGCAGCCGUGGAAAGGCAGGGACUUUGAGUCCUUGCAACUGCCUCAUUGGGGCAAGACCUACGGGGAAGAGUUGCAGGGAUCACUUGGCCUGCGCUGUUUUGGUUUCUUUGAGUUAAAGAGUUAACUUCAUUGACAUCGUGGGUUUUUAUCACUGACCUACACCUGACUCCGGGACGCGGGUGGCACUGUGAGUUAAACCACAGAGCCUAGAACUUGCUGAUCAGAAGGUUGCGGUUCAAAUCCCCACGACGGGGUGAGCUCCCGUUGCUUGGUCCCUGCUCCUGCCAACCUAGCAGUUCGAAAGCACGUCAAAGUGCAAGUAGAUAAAUAGGUACCGCUCCAGCGGGAAGGUAAACGGCGUUUCCGUGCGCUGCUCUGGUUUGCCAGAAGCGGCUUAGUCAUGCUGGCCACAUGACCUGGAAGCUGUACGCCAGCUCCCUCGGCCAAUAAAGCGAGAUGAGCACCACAACCCAGAGUUGGCCACAACCGGACCUAAUGAUCAGGGGUCCCUCUACCCUUACCUUUACACCUGACUCCAGCUGCUGACAAGGAGGAAGUUGGUACUCAGCCCAGGAAUCGUAGAGUUGAAAGGGACCUUGGCUUAUUCGGUCUCCUCUGACCCGGGACCUGCCUUUAACCCAGAUGUGCAUUUGGGAAAAGGCCCAUGGCUCCUUUGGGUCACUGUCUCCAACAUGGUUCCUUCCAGGUGUUGGGACUACAAGUCCCACCAUCCCUUGCAGCAGCAUUGGCCAUGCUGGCUUGGAACUCAACAUCAUCUGGAGGGUGCCACCAGGUUGGAGAAGUUUGGCAUAAGACAUCGGCCGUGUAGGCGGUUUGGCGCAAACCAUGGUACUCUCUGUCUCCACAAUCAGAGGCACCAGCCCUCCUGGAUGUCAGUUGCUGGAAACCACAGGAUGCGGGGAGAGUGCCUUUGUGCUUGCAUCCUGCUUGCAGGUUUCCUACAGGCUGGCCACUGCGAGAACAGGAUGCUGGGCUAGAUGGCCGGAUCCUGCAGGGCUCUUCUUGCCUGCAAGGGAGAAAAUCGAAUCUCUUCCAUGCAAGGAAACCCAUUUUUAGCUGCCAGUUCUGGGCCUCUCUCUUUCCCCCCGCGUGCUCCCUACCCCCCUCACAAAAGCUGGGACGGUUGCAGAAGCUGCGGGGAGCCCUGUCCUGUUUUUAAAAGCCUCUCUCUUUUUUUAAUUGCCUCUCUUCUCUGCCUGCCUGCUUGAGUGCCUGUGGCUGUGUUAUUAGGCACUUCAUUAAGUCGCAGCCUUGUGCCCGCGCACAAUGCAGCAAUCACAAGGCAAGGGAGCGCAUAAAGGCUCUCGAAAGCCUGGCCCCGCUGCCUUGCCGCUCUGGAGAGUGAGUCGCCGAGGGUCUUGCGAGGAAAUCCUGGGGUUUCAGGAGAGCCCUUAUUAACGUGCGCAGCAAGGGGUAAUAAGCCAGGCCUCUGAUAAUCGCUCAGCAGGCAGCGAGGGAAACAGAAAGCAUUGGGGCAGCAGCAGGGAGAGGGAACGGCUGUGGAAGGUUCAGGUCUCCCAGCUGCUAAGGGCUGGCUUGCACCAAACCUCCCCUUGAACACGAGCAGCCCUAUAGCUCUUCCAGGGCUAUGUGUGUCUGCAAUUGAGAGGGGUGGUUUUUUAAUUAUUAUUUGUGCAAAUCUGGCCAUAGCUAAAGGCAGCCUGCAGGUCUUCCUGUGAUCCCAGCAGCUGGGGAGAAGGUGCCGCUGUGCAAUGGCUGCAGCCCACCUUCCGGAUUCACCUAAAUGCUAUCCUGCUUAAUCCUAGCAACGUCUACAUUAGACAUAGGAAACCCUUUGUGAAUGCACCCUUUGGAGCAAAGAAUUCCUGGCACCUCUCCGUGGCAGUGGGAAGAUGGCUCCCAAGGCUGCAUGGUAACACCUGGGAAAGCAGAAUGAGAUGGAAGAGAGAGCAAAUUUGUCACAAUUCUGCUCUUAACCCUGUGUCUGUCCCCCUCCCCCCCCCAUCUUUUUUCACUGCUGAGAAUCAGUUCUGCAAAGAUUAGUAUUUGCUGCGUGCUCUUUAGCUUGCUUCCAAAAUGUAGCCUGUCCUCAGAAUUUCAGUACAGUGGUACCUCGGGUUACAGACACUUCAGGUUACAGACGCUUCAGGUUACAGACUCUGCUAACUCAGAAAUAGUACCUUAGGUUAAGAACUUUGCUUCAGGAUGAGAACAGAAAUUGCGCGGCAGCAGCAGGAGGCCCCAUUAGCUAAAGUGGUACCUCAGGCUAAGAACAGUUUCAGGUUAAGAACGGACCUCCGGAACGAAUUAAGUUCUUAACCCGAGGUACCACUGUAUUUUUGUAAGGGCUUGAAUGAUAGAAGGUGAGGGAACGAUGAAUAUGAAAGCCCAGAAUACAAAGGGAGGAGGGGGAAAGGUUAAAGGUUAAAGUCCUGGUGUUUUUAGGUCGUGCGGGUGAUAAACAUCAUGGAAAUGUUCAGAGAGCAGAAAUGGCACCUGUCACUCAGUGCAAGCUUAUCCCAGUCAAGUUUGGGUCUAUCUCGCCCUUCUCAGCGCAGGAUCCAAGCUUUGCUUCACAAUAGCAGGUGCUUGGAAAUCAAAAGAGUGAAUCUCCAUAGCAGCAGCAGCAGCAGCAGCAGCAGCAAAGCCCCAUUGUCUUGGGAACCUGAAUUAAGAACUGCAGAAUAGGCAGCUGCUGGAAGUGCUUGGGGUCUGGCCCCGAGAGAGCUGCUGUAGUAGCAGAGAGACUCAGAGCAGGGGAGGUGAGCUGGAAAGUUUCCUGGUUCAGAUCUUGCCCCAGCCAUAAACUCGCUGUGCUGACUUUAGGCUUAUCAUUGUUCUCUUGGGCGUAGCCUUCCCAUCUGCGAAAUGGGAAUAAUAGCGACUUUAUAGGCUGCAGAGCACUAUGUAAAUGCCCUCUUCAUCAGUCUUUCACCUGACGGCUAAAAAUCUUCUAAUAAGGCUUUUAGGGUAUGAAUAGCUUUCAGCUCCUGUUCUGAUUGUGAUUUGCUGUGUCGCUGGAGGGUGAUUGUCCCUUUGUAUUCUGGGCUUUCUAUAUUUUUUUUACGACAGUGUAACUCCAAAAGUUCAGUAGAUUAACCUAUUGUUAGCUACCGUGAGCCAUUUCUAACAGAGAGGUGGAAUAGAAGUGUGUGUGUGUGUGUGUGUGUGUGUGUGUGUGUGUGUGUGUGUGUAUAAUCUCUUUUUCUUGCUGUAUAGAUUAUUAUUUUUUUUUAAAAAGAAAAAAGAUGCACAAUUAUGGGAAUGGGUGACCCCUCCCCGGCUGCUGUUCUCUUUGGAAAGGAUUCUGAGCUCCAGUUAAUGGUCUGAGCAUUUUGAGAGUCCGGUGGGGUACCUUAUAAACCUUUGGCCUGACCUCCCAGGAAGCCUUUUUGGUGGAGAGGGAGUGGAGCAGUUAGGAGGCAAGGAGGAACCUGCCUUGAGGCGGCCUAGACUUCCUCACUUGGCUUGGCACUCGCAGCCCAAGAAUGUGCAUUUCCUUAUUUUUUCUGUACUACUAUUUUUAUUUUAUUUUUUUGCAGGAGGAAAAACUGUGCCUCCUCCCCACAGACAGUCCUGUGGGGUCGGCCGCAACCGUCCGAGGAACGGCUGCCCGUGCAGGGCGUGCUCGAAGCCAAGUCGUCCAGCUCCUCCUCUUCCAACCACUCGGAGAACUUCUCACGGCUGGGCAGCAGUCCUCUGGAAGUGCCCAAAGCCAGGUGAGAGAGGGAGUGAGGCUUGCAUCACUUUGGAGAGCGGGGGGUUGGGGCAGGUUGGCAAGCUGUGCAAGGCAAGGGCGAUGUUCUGCAGGAAAAGCGAUGGUGGCAGCAUUCAAGCAGCUGCACACGAAGGAAACCCUCCUUUCCCCCUUCUAGAAAAACCAGGCGUUAGGAAGGAAUCGAUCAUGCAAAUGUACACAAAUUUCCUUCUCAGGCGGCUGUUUGGGAACUUUUCGCCAAGUGCCGCCGCAAGGAAAAAGCACCCGCUGCCCUUCCCCUUGCGGUAAAAAUAUAAUUAAAGUGGCAAUUUGCUGCUCUUUAGUUCCACCCGGAUUCUGCCACCUGAGAUGUCUGCUCCUGCUGCCUCAGUUCUGGGCCCGGUGCCGACUUAGCAGAAUGAGGAGAGGAAGAAAAGCACUGAGUUUGGGGGAUGGCAGCCCUUUGAGGCUGGAGGGGGUCGAGAAACUUCACUGGGUUGUACUGGCUGCACAAGAAGCAGUACAGUGGUACCUCGGGUUACAGACGCUUCAGGUUACAGAUGCUUCAGGUUGCAGACUCCGCUAACCCAGAAAUAGUACCUCGGGUUAAGAACUUUACCUCAGGAUGAGAACAGAAAUUGCGUGGCUGUGGCGCAGCGGCAGCGGAAGGCCCCAUUAGCUAAGGUGGUGCCUCAGGUUAAGAACAGUUUCAGGUUAAGAACAGACCUCCGGAACAAAUUAAGUUCUUAACCAGAGGUACCACUGUACUAGGUUAAGCCAGAUAUCCCUAAAAAUUCCUGCUUAGCCCUUUUACAGCUUUAGGGAUUUCCCACUGCCCACAGUUUUCAGUUUGUCCAUGAGCUCUAGAAUUUUUAAUUCUGAAAAAAGGGAGUGGGUUGACAUUUUUGGUGAUGCCAGAAGCUCUGCUUCCAGGCUUCAGAUCAUGCGUGUGGUCCAGCUAAUCCAGAGACACCUAGCAAAGUGUCCUGUUUAUGUCUGUUUGUAAAGCACCCAGAGGCACGUUCUCUGCACCUUGCUUUGGAAUGCUAGAGGACUGUGUUAAAACGUAGGCAUGGCUAGCAGGGGGCUGUGCCCAUGAAUGCUGGAAUUGGGGGCUUGGGGAAGAAGGUGCCACGCCAUCUGUGGGCAAGAGAAGUUGGGCCGCCUGAAGGAAGCUUUCGGUAUCAUGCAGGUAUGGCUCGAUGGAAUAUUAUUGAACAACUGCUCCAAAUUCGACUCAGUAAAUUGUGUCUCUCUUCUUCCUCUCCUGCGGUGUUGAACAAACCCGUCGUAAAGAUUUGUUUUAAGUGCUUGAGCACGUUUGGGUGGGUAAGGAGUCUGGGAAGAAGGCAACAAUUGGUUAGUGCCACGUGAAAUCCUUUCGGGACCAGGAUCUGCCGUGUUUUAGGAACUACAUGGUCUCGCUGUUGCUCUGUUGAACUUGAAAAGAUGUGCAGGUUACCAGUCGCCUUAUGCUGGAGAUGUGGUCGGCGUUAUGUCAGAUUUAGUUGUAUUUCGAGGAAAUGCAAACGAAAAGAUUUUGGGGGGCUAAAUUGCAAGGGAAAUCGAUCAAAUUGUCUUUAUGAGUCAACGAUGGGCGCCGUGAUAUUUUCUUUUAAAGUACAUACUUCCAACGAAAGAGGGUGAAUUUGGUGGUGCAUUCGUUAGCCUCGAUGUAUGUAUUAAUAGCAAAAUAUUGGGGGGAAACUGCAGAUCCCGUCAGUGAAUGGGGAAAAGCAGUGUGCUUAUUUUAAACAUAUGAAAGACUCUCUCUUGAGGCUUGAAGCCCUGGAGUGUUGCUUCCAACCCUUAAGCCAACCAGAGGCCUCUUGAGUCAUUAACCAGGCAAGUCUUGAACUAUCUGAAGUGCUUUUCUAAAAAUGUCAGGGUAUUGAUUGCAAUAAGAAACUAAAACUGGCUGGAAUCAAAUGCAGUUCUUGUCAAGGAACAUGAGUUUGGAAAGGCAGAGAGAUGAAAAGCAUAGAAGAUUUAAGAACUAUAGGUCUGAACCAAAAAAGAUGACACACACACCCUCAAUCUGUAGCAAGGAAGGAAUUGGUUAUACGAACCGAAAGCGCAUAGCAAAGAAAACCACAAAGCUGAAAUCUAGAUAGCAUACAAGUGAGAUACUGCUAAAUGUUUCAGAGUAGUGUUUCAAAUUUCGGGAAUGCGCUCUGCCCGCUUUCUCCCCUACCCCACCCUCGGCUGCAGCCAGAGUUGCUUUAGAGCUGUCUGUUGUUCUGUCCAUUGGUGUAAGAGGAGACUUCACUCGUGCCCCUUCCAUUUGAAGAGGAAAGUCGCUUGUGCCCGCAGGCAGGUAAUAUCUUUUCGCGAUGGCUCCCAAUUCAGGAAAUUAAUGUACUUACAGAAAUUUAUCUCAAACUAUCGUUGGCAGCACUGUAAAGCCUCCCCCCCCCCCUUAAUUCAGGUGUGCGGCUGGCUGAUCUUCCUCCAGCACCGUUCACGCUUUGUCACUUGUGCAAUUGUCUGACUUGGAGAUUUUUACCCUUAGGUCUAAUUGUAUGUUGUAUUUCAAGUGAGAUGGUGCCGCCAAACCUUGCCCUCCCAUAUCCACCCUGCCUUGGAGACGAUACCUUGGUUUUGUAUCUUCCCUGAACAAAAUAAAAGAAUUCCUUCCAGUAGCACCUUAGAGACCAGCUAAGUUUGUUCUGGUAUGAGCUUUCGUGUGCAUGCACACUUGGUAUCUGAAGAAGUGUGCAUGCACACGAAAGCUCAUACCAAGAACAAACUUAGCUGGUCUCUAAGGUGCUGUUGUUGUUAAGUCAUUUAGUCGUGCCCGACUCUUCGUGACCCCAUGGACCAGAGCAUGCCAGGCACUCCUGUCUUCCACUGCCUCCCGCAGUUUGGCCAGACUCAUAUUGGUAGCUUUGAGAACACUGUCCAACCAUCUCGUCCUUAGUCGUCCCCUUCUCCUUGUGCCCUCCAUCUUUCCCAACAUCAGGGUCUUUUCCAGGGAGUCUUCUCUUCUCAUGAGGUGGCCAAAGUAUUGGAGCCUCAGCUUCACGAUCUGUCCUUCCAGUGAGCACUCAGGCCUGAUUUCUUUCAGAAUGGAUACGUUUGAUCUUCUUGCAGUCCAUGGGACUCUCAAGAGUCUCCUCCAGCACCAUAAUUCAAAAGCAUCAAUUCUUCGGCGAUCAGCCUUCUUUAUGGUCCAGCUCUCACUUCCAUACAUCACUACUGAGAAAACCAUGGCUUUAACUAUACGGACCUUUGUUGGCAAAGUGAUGUCUCUGCUUUUUAAGAUCCCCUUCAUGGAUCACUGCCUUGCCGUGGUGAAGGGGCUUGAAUAACUCAGAGAAGCUAUGAGCUAUGCCGUGCAGGGCCAACCAAGAUGGACAGGUCAUAGUGGAGAGUUUUGACCAAACGUGAUCCACCUGGAGCAGGAACCAGCAAGCCACUCCAGUAUCCCUGCCAAGAAAACUCCAUGGACAAAGGCAACAGGUAUAUAAAGGUGCUCCUGGAAGGAAUUCUUUUAUUUUGUUUCGACUACGGCAGACCAACAUGGCUGCCUACCUGUAACUAUCUUCCCUGAGUACAGGAUGGUAUCGUUUCCCCCUGCCAUCCUGUCCGUUGUGUAGCCUGGCUGUUGCAUUUGUUCCCUCUGCAUAUUUUAAAUUGGGGUGGUAUUUGCAGAGGCUGCUCUUUUGCCAGCAUCGUAGUUUGGGCCGUGCACUCCAUCUCCUCUCGAGACAGGCAGAUCCCAACAACAACUAAGGCUACAACUGCCAGGGAAUAAACCUGGGGCCCCCUCUGCAUGCAAAACUUGCACUGUGUCUCUGAGCUGUGGUCUCCUCCUCCUUCUCCUUUUGCUCUGGAAAAGACAUGUUCCAGUGUCUUCUGCUUUGGGGGCUGCUUGCCAGGGAGGACCCAGCCCCCUUCUCCCAUAGGGUGAUGACAUUGUUAUGUGUGUGUGUGUUUGGCGUUACAAGGGUCUUAUCCUGGGAGCGUGUGGCUCCUCAGGCCCAGCAGCUCUGCCGUUGCAGAUUUAUUUUGGGGAGAGCUGCGGGCAAGGUAGCCACGCAGGCGGCUUUCGCUCUUGAAAGUUCCAUGGCGGCACUUGGGGGCCCUGCCACGCUGGCAGGCUCAGCUGUGCCCCUCGUAUAUCUCGGCUGAGGGGCCGGCACAGAGCCUUGCCAACCUGGAGGAAGGAGAUGGCUGCGCGUGGCUUUCAGAUCUUCUGGACCCGUGGCCAUGGCAACAAAGCACUUAGCGUUUGCCGCAGCGGAGGAAGCGGGGCAUUCCGGUGGGCCAGCAGCUACUACAAUAGGUAACUUAAUUGGCUACCUGCCACUUCCUGAGCGCACUGACAGGCAGGAGGCAAGCAGGGCAAGUCACGCUGAGGCCGCUGGGAGUAGGAGGAGGGCGUGAGAGGAGCGCAGCGCAUGCUAGCUUGGGAGAAGGAAGGAAAGCUGGGGGGGGGGGUUGUUUCUCUUCCCCUCCCUUCCUCAAGAGGGGAGCCUGCCAGUGCCUGGGCAAACUGGCAGGCCAGGCAGAAGGAAACCCCCGCGGUUGUCUGUCUCCGCAGACUGGAUCAGGAAAGCUUAAUUGAAGCCAAAUAGGCAUAUUGGUAGUUAAGCUGGCAAGCGCAUGCAUCCCUGCACUCCCGAUUGCCUGAAGCUGUGACUGAGCGGAAGGAAAGGGCAUCGCUCAGUAUUGCCCUGUGGGGGUUUGUCUGCUUUCUUAACAACAGGGCCGAGGAAGCUUCAGACGCCUGGAGGAUCCGAUCAGGCCUUUCCCACCUGUCCCGUGCGAGUGCAGCCAAGGAGCUUGCCUGCUAAACCACCCGUUUGAGCGACCGCCCCCUGUCGUCUCAAUCUAAUCAGCACGUGCCCCAUUAACAAACGAAAUGCGCCACAGCAAUGUAUUUACUGGCCUGUGCCACAUUUUAAUGGGGGAAGCUGUAUGUCUGUUGUCGUCCCCCACUUCCCCCCACAUGGAUACUUAUCUCUGUUGUGUUAAUAUUGCACAUGACGGCAGCUAAUCUCAAAACGUUCUGCAGAAAAGCUGGGGUAGUCUGGGAACGUGAGGAAAGAAUCUUGGGAGCUUCAGGCAAACGCUUGAAGGCAGGAUUGCACCUUCUUGCACCUUCUUAUUACGAUCGGCUAGGCUGUGCAAAAUGGGCCCUGGGGUGCAGAGUCUAUUCCACUGUUGCCGUUUGCCUUGGAAGCAAAGUGGGGCCCCCUCCGCUGCGGAAGCGUUCCUGGGUGUCCGCAGGCGGCGGGAUUAACACCGUGUAAGAUGCGCGCAGGACAGUAAUGUGGCUUAGCAAACUGGCUAAGCCGCGCCUGAAUGCGUUUUUGCUAAACCCAUUAAACAAAGCUGGCACAAUGCGCUCAGAUCCGCCGAGGAGCUCUGGGUCUGGAGACAGCUUUGUCGAAAUGCGUAAAGCACAGCGGCAACUGCUCCCGGCCGGCAAGCAAGCAUGGGAAGAGGCGUCGGGGUGGGGUUGGAGCUUCCCACAGAGCUCCGAGAUGCUGUGGUUUCUGUACUUCCUUGCUUCCAAUGCAAUUCUGGGCUGCAUCAAUAGGAGUAUAGCAUCUAGAUCAAGGGAAGUAAUAGUGCCACUGUAUUCUGCUCUGGUCAGACCUCACCUGGAGUACUGUGUCCAGUUCUGGGCACCACAGUUCAAGAAGGACACUGACAAACUGGAACGUGUCCAGAGGAGGGCAACCAAAAUGGUCAAAGGCCUGGAAACGAUGCCUUAUGAGGAACGGCUAAGGGAGCUGGGCAUGUUUAGCCUGGAGAAGAGGAGGUUAAGGGGUGAUAUGAUAGCCAUGUUCAAAUAUAUAAAAGGAUGUCACAUAGAGGAGGGAGAAAGGUUGUUUUCUGCUGCUCCAGAGAAGCGGACACGGAGCAAUGGAUCCAAACUACAAGAAAGAAGAUUCCACCUAAACAUUAGGAAGAACUUCCUGACAGUAAGAGCUGUUUGACAGUGGAAUUUGCUGCCAAGGAGUGUGGUGGAGUCUCCUUCUUUGGAGGUCUUUAAGCAGAGGCUUGACAACCAUAUGUCAGGAGUGCUCUGAUGGUGUUUCCUGCUUGGCAGGGGGUUGGACUCGAUGGCCCUUGUGGUCUCUUCCAACUCUAUGAUUCUAUGAUUCCCUUGUAUGUGUGCGAGGCGGUUCUUUAGCCACGGAACUUGCAGCUGAAUGAUACCAGGGAAUGAGGGAGCUAGUCCUCUAGGUCUGCCUUUUGGCAGCUUAACCCGGCCUCUGUUCCCGUGCAUCUAUUUCACAGAGUUAACUAGACCGUUGGAAGGUUCGGGACACCUGAAAACAAGAGCUUCUUUAUGCAGCGCAUAGUUAACCUGUGGAACUCCCUCCCACCAGAGGCAGCGAUGGGCCCCCAACUGGGGUGGCUUUCAAAGAGGAUUAGACUCAUUCAGGGAGGAGAGGGCUGUCGAGGGCUGCUGGCUGUGCUCUGUUUCCGCAGUUGGAGGCAGCCGUGCUUGCUGGAAACCACAGAAGGAGUUCUUGUGCUUGGAUCCUACUUCCUGGUUUCCCUCGGGCAUCUGAUUGGCCACUGUGAGAACAGGACGCUGGACUGGAUGGGCCAUUGGUCUUGCCCAGGGGUCAGCAAGCUUUUUCAGCAGGGGGCCGGUCCACUGUCCCUCAGACCUUGUGGGGGGCCAGACUAUAUUUUUUGGGGGGGGGGGAAUGAACGAAUUCCUAUGCCCCACAAAUAACCCAGAGAUGCAUUUUAAAUAAACAUUCUACUCGUGUAAAAACAUGCCAAUUCCCAGACUGUCCGCGGGCCGGAUUUAGAAGGCCGGAUCUGGCCCCCGGGCCUUAGUUUGCCUACCCAUGGUCUGGCUCCACAGGCUCUUGAGUUCUUCUAUCCCAGCACUUCUCUAUGAUCAGGGGAAGCCCAUGAUGUCAUCCCGAUGAUCUGCUGGUUUCCAGUGCUUGAGGUUGUGGAGGAAGCUGCUGCUGCUGUGUGCUGUGAGCAAAUACCCUUCUCCUUGCACGCAAGCGUCCUGGCUCUUGGCCUUAAUGGCCCUGUAAUUAUUACCCUGGGUCAGGCCGGUAAAUGCUCUAAUGUGACAGCAAACAGGCAUGGCUGAAGCAGAGCGCUGCCGGCUGCCAAGUGCGUCGCUCACUUGCCGGCUGUGCUUCUGGGCCCUGCACAAAGAUCUCCUGCCAUCCAGCUGCUGUUAAUAGAGUAAUUAUUAGCUUUCUGGUCUUUAUGGUUAAAUAUUUAUGUCCUGGGAGCGCUCCUUAACGCCAUGUCUGCUUUUUGCAGGCAGCUGAUUAAAGCAGGCAGGCGCAAACAGGCAACCGCCGGCCCAAAGGUGGCGGCAUUCGGUGGGGAAAGCGCUGUACUAAGCAAGUGAGCUAAGGUUCUGUGCCUGGACGAUCCAGAUUUCCCCACCACUACCACCACCAAAGGGACGCAGGUGGCACUGUGGGUUAAACCACAGCGCCUAGGGCUUGCCGAUCAGAAGGUCGGCGGUUCGAAUCCCCGUGACGGAGUGAGCUCCUGUUGCUCGGUCCCUGCUCCUGCCAAACUAGCAGUUCGAAAGCACAUCAAAGUGCAAGUAGAUAAAUAGGUACCGCUCCGGCGGGAAGGUAAACGGCGUUUCUGUGCACUGCUCUGGUUCGCCAGAAGCGGCUUAGUCAUGCUGGCCACAUAACCCGGAAGCUGUACACCGGCUUCCUCGGCCAAUGAAGCGAGAUGAGCGCCGCAACCCCAGAGUCGGCCACGACUGGACCUAAUGGUCAGGGGUCCCUUUACCUUUACCUUUACCACCACCAAGGAAAGCUGGAAUUUGCAGUCUGUACAACUGCAUGGAGGACUGUGUGAAUUGCACCAAGGGGAUUUUUUUUGCAAAUUUAUUUGGCUUAUUUUUAAUGCAGAAUUUAAUUCCGUGUUUGUACUGUAAACCACCCUGCGAUCCUCAGAUGAAGGGCAGCACAUAAAGUUAAUACAUAACAACAAUAAUUUAAAAAUCUGCUAGGAGCUGGGGUUGCACAGGGCAAACCACUGAGAACCUCAGAGGGAGCUUUUGAGUUUAUAAAUUUUGGGCAGUGUUGCUUGCCCACUUUUUUCCAAGUGCACUUUUGCCAGUCCUAAGAAUUUAGUCGUCCCCCCCCCCCCAAUGAAAGCGGAGAUUCUUUGGAAAUGUAAAUCUGCCCCUGUUGCCACAUUCUCCUUUUCUGCAUUGGGGGUAGUAUUAUGGUAUGGAUAUGCAUAUAGCUGAGGCUGCUGGUUAUAUUGGCUGCUUCUACAUUGGAAGCUGAUCUAAGGAAGAGAACAGGAGAGUGACUAACAAGCUCAUUACUGUAAAGAGGUCCACCGGCAGGGCAAUGAGAAUCUUUCAAUAGCAAGGAUCGAAUUGGUGCGUAAAUUUUCCCCAACCUGGUGCCCUCUGGCCAUUGUUGGACUACAGAUCCCAGCAGGGACGCAGGUGGCGCUGUGAUCUAAACCACUGAGCCUCUUGGGCUUGCUGAUCAGAAGGUCAGCGGUUCGAAUCCCCACGAUGGGGUGAGCUCCCGUUCUUCUGUCCCAGCUCCUGCCAACCUUGCAGUUCGAAAGUACACUAGUGUGAGUAGAUAAAUAGGUACUGCUGCAGCAGGAAGGUAAACGGCAUUUCCGUGUGCUCUGGCUUCCAUCACAGUGUCCCGUUGCACCAGAAGCAGUUUAGUCCUGCUGGCCACAUGACCCAGAUACCUGUCUGUGGACAAACGCUGGCUCCCUUGGCCUGAAAGCGAGAUGAGCACCACAACCCCAUAGUUGCCUUUGACUGGACUUAACCGUCCAGGGGUCCUUUACCUUUACCUUUUUUAACAGAUCCCAGCACCCACAAUGAACAUGCUCAGUAGUGAGGGAGUUGCAGACCAACAACCCCUGGAGGGUACCAGGCUGGGGGAAGCUGCUUUAAGCUAUGGGGCUGGCCUCAAGCCAGGGCUCAACUCUGGAAGAGAAGGCCCAAGCUGUGAAGCAUGAAGUUUAGAGCUUGUGAACAUCCCUUGUGGGGUGAAAUCCUGGAAAGCUGCUGCCAUGGAGUGUAGACAGAACUGCGCUUCUUAGGAACCCUCUCCCUGAGAGCUUGCUGAGCUGCUGCCAGUUGUUGUUGUAGUUUAGUUGUUUAUUCGUGUUCGACCCUUUGUGACCCCCUGGACCAGAGCACGCCAGGCACUCCUGUCUUCCACUGCCUCCCGCAGUUUGGUCAAACUCAUGCUGGUAGCUUCGAGAACACUGUCCAACCAUCUCGUCCUCUAUCAUCCCCUUCUCCUUGUGCCCUCCAUCUUUCCCAACAUCAGGGUCUUUUCCAGGGAGUCUUCUCUUCUCAUGAGGUGGCCAAAGUAUUGCAGCCUCAGCUUCAUGAUCUGUUGUAUUUCAAAUGAGAUGGUGCCGCCAAACCUUGCCCUCCCAUAUCCACCCUGCCUUGGAGACGAUACCUUGGUUUUGUAUCUUCCCUGAACAAAAUAAAAGAAUUCCUUCCAGUAGCACCUUAUAGACCAGCUAAGUUUGUUCUUGGUAUGAGCUUUCGUGUGCAUGCACACUUGGUAUCUGAAGAAGUGUGCAUGCACACGAAAGCUCAUACCAAUAACAAACUUAGCUGGUCUCUAAGGUGCUGUUGUUGUUUAGUCAUUUAGUCGUGUCCGACUCUUUGUGACCCCAUGGACCAGAGCACGCCAGGCACUUCUGUCUUCCACUGCCUCCCGCAGUUUGGUCAAACUCAUGUUGGUAGCUUCAAGAACACUGUCCAACCAUCUCGUCCUUAGUCGUCCCCUUCUCCUUGUGCCCUCCAUCUUUCCCAACAUCAGGGUCUUUUCCAGGGAGUCUUCUCUUCUCAUGAGGUGGCCAAAGUAUUGGAGCCUCAGCUUCACGAUCUGUCCUUCCAAUGAGCACUCAGGGCUGAUUUCUUUCAGAAUGGAUACGUUUGAUCUUCUUGCAGUCCAUGGGACUGUCAAGAGUCUCCUCCAGCACCAUAAUUCAAAAGCAUCCAUUCUUCGGUGAUCAGCCUUCUUUAUGGUCCAGCUCUCACUUCCAUACAUCACUACUGGGAAAACCAUAGCUUUUACUAUACGGACCUUUGUUGGCAAGGUCAUGUCUCUACUUUUUAAGAUGCUGUCUAGGUUUGUCAUUGCUUCUCUCCCAAGAAGCAGGCGUCUUUUAAUUUCGUGGCUGCUGUCACCAUCUGCAGUGAUCACGGAGCCCAAGAAAGUAAAAUCUCUCACUGCCUCCAUUUCUUCCCCUUCUAUUUGCCAGGAGGUGAUGGGACUAGCGGCCAUGAUCUCUGCUGCCAGUUAGAGCAGCCAAUAUAGGGUAGAGAGGGGUAAGGCAUAGUCAUAGCAUCACAUGCAGAGCUGAUUCAAAAAUUAAGCCCAAACUGAACCCUGCGCCAAAGCCAGAAUUCCAUUCUUAGGCCACCACAGGUUGGUGGUAUUUGUGGAUUUUAGGUUCUCUCCCACCCCCGUUCCUAGCUGGCUUGAGUGACGGAUGUGAAGAAAGAGAAGCCAGAGCUGUCAGAAACCUAUAUAGCUCUUCCUGGGAGGGAAGGGUGGUGCAGUGGAGAGGAGUGACCUAAUUAAACGAAGCCCUUUCUCCGGAGCUGGAGCUUGAAAGAAUCUGGGCUGCUCGAAGACCCAGCAGAUCUGAACGUUCUUCCUGCUAGAGGAAUGGACAGCAGCAAGACUCUCCCUGUCUGUUUUGCCUCGCCUUUAUCCUGCUUUUUCUUCCAAGGGGCUGACUUCCAAGGAAGCUGCCUUAUACAGAGUCAGACAGAGGCCCAUCUAGUUAUUGUCCACAUGGACAGCUCUCCAGGGUUUCAGAUGCAAGAUAUUCCCAGCCCAACCCAUUUACUGGGGAGGUCCCGGUAAAUAUUUCUCGGCUUGGUGGAUUUCUGGAGUUUGGUCCCCUGUGCUUUCUACCUGUGCUGUUAACAAAGCAUCGCCGACUCUGCUUUUUAUAUAUAAUUUUUAUUAGAUUUUCUGUUUUACAAUUUAAAGUACUCAUUUUAACAUCCUUAAAAUCUCAGUGACUUCCCUUCUUCUCUUUCCAUGGUUCAUUUUACAUAGCUCACAUCCCUGCAUCUUUUACAAAACCUAAACCAUUCAGUAUUCCAUUACUGCAUCCAUCGAAAUUUAUUUACACUGUUGAAUUUAUCUUAAUGCUGCCAGUGUUUUCAUGUCUACACAGGUUUUCCCCCAUAGAGUCAAUAAACAUUUUCCAAUCUUCUCUAAACGUAUGUUCUUCUUGUUCUCUUAUUCUAUAUGUUAAGUCUGCAAGCUGAGCAUCUUCUGCCAGCUUAAGUUGACAUUCUUCUUUGGUUGGGACAUUGCUCGUUUUCCAUUUUUGGGCUAACGAAACACAGGCCGCAGUAAGGUAAAGGUAAAGGGACCCCUGACCAUUAGGUCCAGUUGUGGCCGACUCUGGGGUUGCGGCGCUCAUCUCGCUUUAUUGGCCGAGGGAGCCGGUGUACAGCUACCGGGUCAUGUGGCCAGCAUGACUGGUGAACCAGAGCAGCGCACGGAAACGCCAUUUACCUUCCCGCCAGAGUAUUCAUCUACUUUCACUUUGACUGCUUUUGACCUGCUAGGUUGGCAGGAGCUGGGGCCGAGCAACAGGAACUCACCCUGAUGUGGGGAUUCGAACCCCCGACCUUCUGAUCGACAAGUCCUAGGCUCUGUGGUUUAACCCACAGCGCUACCUGUGUCAUAAAAACCUUUUUUGACACCUGGGAAUUUCAAUCUGAAUUAUCGCCAAUUAUCUCUGGUUUUGGAGGGGAAAGUACGUUUAAACUUUUUCAAUUCAUUAUGGAUUAUUUCCCAACACCCCUUUACCCUUUUACAAGUCUGCCACAUGUGAAAGAACAUUCCCUCCACCUCUCUGUAUCUCCAGCACUUACCUGAUUCAGUCGCCACCCCUGUUCUGAUUCAGCAUCAAAGUAGUUGAGUUCUACUUGACUCCAUCACCCCAGGAAAAGGCAGCGAGUUUUCACCUGUGUGAGUAAGAGAGCAUGGGUGAAUCAGGGAAGCAGAGGCGUCUGGGAAGGUUUGCGUAUGGGAUGCCACCUGGUUACACAAGAAGAUUUCAAGGGCAGUAGGAGCAAACAAGUCAUCCUGUUUCCUGAGCUCAGGGAUAGCCAACAUGUUCCGAUCCAAUUGCUCUUGGACUCCAGCUCCCAUGAGCCCCAGCCAAUGCGGCCAAGGAUAAUGGGAGUUGGAGUCCAGCCAGAACAUCCAGGGGUGCAACACCGGCCGCAUUGGCCACUCCUGCUUUAGUUAACAGAAACACUAGCAGAAAUACCAUAAUUCUGACACAGCUCGUGAGGUUGACUGUAGAGGUCAGCAAACUUUUUCAGCGGGGGGCUGGUCCACUGUCCGUCAGACAUUGUGGGGGGGCGGACUAUAUUUUUGGGGGGAGGGAAUGAACGAAUUCCUAUGCCCCACAAAUAACCCAGAGAUGCAUUUUAAAUAAAAGGGCACAUUCUACUCAUGUAGAAACACGUUGAUUCCCAGACUGUCCGCAGGCCAGAUUUAGAAGGCGAUUGGGCCUGAUCCGGCCCUCGGGCCUUAGUUUGCCUACCCAUGCUGUAGAGCCACAGCAGCACAUACAUUUCAGAGAGACGGCACUACUUACUAAAACAAUUUUUUUGAAAAAGAUUUUGCCACCACUUGGGUCCCUGGUAUUAAAAGGUUCUUAUUGCCCUGCCAGUGGGCCUCUUUGCAGUUAAUUGGCUUGUUAGUCCCUCUGCUGUUCUCUUCCUUAGAUCAGCUGUACUCGAGCACAUCACUGAGGUCUUUUUUGUCCAGCAUGAGUCUGGAGUAGAAAGGGAAGAUGAAUCCAUGGUUUGAAGUGCUGGCUAGUCUUGCCAUCUCGCCUCCCACCCCUCCCUUUAUUGUUGUUCUCCUGGCUUUCUGCUUUGUCCAAAGAUCAUAAGCCAAAUUAAUCCUCUGUAUCGGUGCUCUAGUGUCUGUUCUUGGCGGAAGACUGGACUUGAAACUCUAAUAAGGUCGUGUGGGAUGAAGGCUGGAGAGCUCUGCUUGCCAGGGUGAAAGGAUUAGAGCUGGAGAGUUUCCAGAACAUUCUCCCCAGCAGAAGAGGAUGAGUUACUCUUCAGAUAGAUAAAGCUACUUUUGUGUUGACAACGCCAUUGGCGUUGUCUGCUGCAAGCUUCCCCAACCUGGUGCCCUCUAGCUGAUGUCAGACUACAAUUCCCAUUGGCCCUCUGGGUUCUAAAGCAUCUGGGAAGGGUACCUCAUAGGUUGUCCUGGUCUACCGCGAUGGGCAGUGGCUUUCCAGUGUCUUGGAUAGAAGUAGCUCCUCCUGAACUUGUGUCAUGGGCUGGCUGGAUACAGAGGCACCAGCUGGAGAACCCUCAGGGAUAGAAGGCUCAGAGCUAGGCGAUUGCUGGUGGGAUGAUGCGUGGUUAGAGGGAGGAAGCGUUGGAGGAAGGGCGUAGUGAUCAAGAGGAGUCUGGGGCAGAGAGCAGUCCAGAAUCGGAAGCAGAAGUAGAGGCUGGAGAGGAGGGGGCCAAGAGGCAGAAGAGGAGGCCUCAUUGGGGUCAAGACCUCCUGGGAACAGUUGCUGGGUUCACUAGGCCUCCUGCGCUGUUUUGGUUUCUUUGAAUAAAGAUAUUGCUAACCUGCUCCUGACUCCAGCUCCCGACACCCUGCCGUUUGCAGUCCUUCAACCUGAGACCUCCUUCAUGCAAGCCAUGCAAGAAGGGCCUUUCACACACAAAAUGUUUCAGGCACUCUGGCAUGCUGGCAUCCGAGGGAUUUAAUAUUCUUCACAGAGCUUGAUUCUAGGCUCUGCUGGUGCUGCUCACAACUCUUCACAACUGUUUCAUCCUCUGCUUCCAGAAAAUGUCACUGGUUCCUGCCUCUUUUCCUUCCUUCCUUCCUUCCUUCCUUCCUUCCUUCCUUCCUUCCUUUAUCUCUCUCUCUGUCUCUCUGUCUCUCAUAGUUUGUCAUAAACAAAAUAUCUCUCCUAAAAUCUCCAGAUUUAGGGAGGUUCUCUCUGCAUUUAAAAUGUAACUUAUUCAGUGACCCAACGUGACUACAGCACUAUGCUUGCAUCAGUCAUGUCAGUCAUGUACACUUGGAAAAAUUGUUUAGUUUUCACAGUGGAAGUUUGCGGGAACUGGGCUUUUGUGCAGCUUUGAAGAAAGAGGUAGCAAGAGAGCAAGGCGGGGGGGGGGGCAUUUAUUUCAAGGAGUAGGGCACAGAAACUAAUGGGCACCCUGCCCAAAUCCCUUUUUUCCUCAAAUCUUCUCUGAUGCGCUGAGGGGCUGGAAACUUGCUUUUUAAAAAACGGAAGCAGAAAAUGGACUCUAAAUCAACCAGUAGAGUCUAUCAUCUGGACCCCACAGGUGGCUGAAAUUGCAGAGUUAUUGGGUAAACCCUUGGCUUUGAAUCCUUUCUGGCUGUGUCUGCAAACUUCGGGGCUGGCGCUGUGCUUCUGUGGCCAUUCCAGAUCUCUCUCUAUUAUUUCUGGCUUCCCUCUUCCCCUUCUGCUUUGCUGACCAAGCAACCGGCGUUUCUCUCCUUCCUGCACUCGGCUCUUGGCAGCUGGCUUCCUACCGAUUUCCAAUCCCUGGUCCGGCCGCUUCAUUGGCGAGCUGAGUUGCGUGAGCUUUGCCAGAGUAUACAAGAAGGCCAGACUCCCCAAAUCUCUGGAAACAUGAUCCACCCAGAGCAGUAUGUGUUGAGGUUAAUUUAGACCCGAGGCCAAGAGUUCCUGAGUCACAUUCUCUCUACCCGACAUUAUAAUAAGUCUUGCUGCCACUGCUGCUCUGCCUUGAGCCUCCUGCUUUCACCGCACUAAGACAAUCUUCUGCGCCUCACAUUCUCUUGUUACAGGGCAAUUCCUCUUUGCUAGAACAGUCUUUCCUUCCAGCUAGCCCUGUGUAAAGUCUCUCUACCUUCUGCACUCCACUGCGGAGAUCCGUGUCUUCUCAUCUUUGUCCCUCCGCAGCCCCUUAUCUCCACAUUCACAAUGUUAAUGUACUAGCAGUCAUGAAGAAUAUUCUUUUUUCUCCCCUUUCUUGGCCAUUUGCUCUAAGCCCUUUCUUCUGUUCACACGAAGGCUUUAAUAGAAGAAUAUAGAUUUUUAUGUAUUGUAAAGCGCCCCGUGAUCCUCGGAUGAAGCGUGGUAUGGAAAUUAUAUAACAAAGAAUUAAAAAACAAUAGAAUUGUAGAGUUUGAAGGGACUCAAAAGGGUCGUCUAGUCCAGGCACGUCCAACUCCCAAGAGACUGUGAUCUACUCCCAGUAUAAAAAAAAACUGGCAGUGAUACAGUGGUACCUCUGGUUACAUAUGCUUCAGGUUACAUAUGUUUCAGGUUACAGACUCCACUGACCCAGAAAUAGUACCUCAGGUUAAGAACUUUGCUUCAGAAUGUGAACAGAAAUCGUGUUCCGGCAGCGGCAGCAGGAGGCCCCGUUAGCUAAAGUGGUGCUUCAGGUUAAGAACAGUUUCAGGUUAAGAACGGACCUCCAGAACGAAUGAAGUACUUAACCUGAGGUACCACUGUAUACCCAUUGUCAUUGCCAAGAUUGUUGAGCUGUUUUUAGGGGAGAGUGACCAGAAAUGUUGAACUUCUUUUGGGAAGGAUGACCCAGAGUUGUUGAGCUUUUUGGGGGGGGAGUGCCCAGAGUUGUUUACCAUUUGGGGGGGGAUCGGUAAAGAGCACAACAGCGAUCACUUAAAAUAAUACCGCAAUCGACCUGUUGGACAUGCCUGGUCUAGUGCAACCCCCUGCAAUGCAGGAAUAGCAGCUUAGAAACGCCGACAGAUGGGCCCAGCCAUGUUGCCCUCCAGACAUCCAUCGUCAAAAGUGGGGAAAUGAUGGCUGUGACCGCAAUGAAGGAAGUCUCUGUGGGAGUUGCUUCAAGGAAUCACCAAUGCUUGAUCCUAACAGAUACAGCGGUACCUCGGGUUACAUACGCUUCAGGUUACAGACUCCGCUAACCCAGAAAUAGUGCUUCAGGUUAAGAACUUUGAUUCAGGAUGAGAACAGAAAUCGCGCUCCGGCGGCACGGCGGCAGCAGGAGGCCCCAUUAGCUAAAGUGGUGCUUCAGGUUAAGUACAGUUUCAGGUGAAGUACGGACCUCCGGAACGAAUUAGGUACUUAACCCGAGGUACCGCUGUAAAUCUCUUCCUUUGCCCCCACCCCUUUCACUUUCCUUGUACUACUAAUCCCCCUGCUUCUCCUUGCUUCCGCAUCCUUGUAAGCGAAACUUGCCGGCCGCCUCCCUUUUCAAGUCCUGUCCUGCUUUUUGGAACUCUUGCUAUAAACAGCUUCAAAGCUAAGAGCCAGUAGGCGUCUGGGUAUUCGUCCUUUUCUCCACCCCCACCCAAAAAAAAACCUAUUUGCUUCAGAAUGCUAUGAGCGCACCUGUGGAUCCCUCUGCAGCAAGACAGCCGGGGAUUGCAAUGAAGGAGUCCGUUUUGUCUUUAUUUCUGACGCGUUUCUCUGUUGGGAAUCCGCUUCGCCGCCAAAGUUGUCGGGAGAAGGGAAAGAGGAGCCAGCGAGUCUCUUUGCUUGGCUUGGAACGGGAGCCGCCAGCAGUUGAUUGACGGCCACCGUCUAGUCAGGGUGGCUGUCUAGAACUUCCACGUUCAGAGUAUUUUGUACGUCCCUGGGCACCAGAAGGAGGAGGGAAUGAUUGUCUUCAUGUCCUGCUUCUGAUUGGCUACUGUGGGAAGAGUGAUACAGUGGUACCUUGGGUUACAGACUCUUCAGGUUACAGACUCCGCUAACCCAGAAAUAGUACCUCGGGUUAAGAACCUUGCUUCAGGAUGAGAACAGCAAUCGUGCAGCGGUGGCGCGGCGGCAGCGGGAGGCCCCAUUAGCUAAAGUGGUGCUUCAGGUUAAGAACAGUUUCAGGUUAAGAACAGACCUCCGGAACGAAUUAAGUACGUAACCAGAGGUACCACUGUACUGGCAUAGUUGAUGCUUUGGCAUGACCCAGCACAGCUGCUCUUAAUCUUUCCUAAACUCAUGAGAGACGGCAUUAUCCCACAACCCUUGCACAAGCCUAGACGGUUGGUCAUGAAAACUGAGAUUUGCUUUCUUUAAAAAAUGCUGGAUUGUAAGAUGCUUUGGAGACUUUGUGGUUUAAAAAGACAGGGUGUAAAUAAAUUUAAGGUGUGGAAGAGCAAUCCUCUUUCGGCAAGGGCCCAGUGACCUAUUGUGCCCAGUCGGUUGAUGAGCCCGUUCUUGCAAGAAAUGGGAAAGCAAAUCCCUUUUUGUUCGCCUUUCCUUGUUUUCCAAGGUAGCAGUGAGUUUUGGGGACAGAGAGAGGGGUGGUGAUUGGACUGCGCCAAAAGUGGAAGUCUGUUUUGCCCUACAGCAUUGUGCCUUUCUCCCCCAAACUGGAAAUCUGGAUUAUUCCCCGUACAUUGAAAUGACCUUUUCAGGUAAGAGGGGGCCUAACGUUUCUGCUAAAUGCCAGCAGCUGCUGGUGCUCCGAUUGAAAGCGGUUUGCCUUUAAAAUAAAAAUAAAGGGCUUCCUUGUGAGCUGGGCUUGCCGCCUCGCAGCUGAUGCUUCUCUGCUCCCAUCGGAUUCAUUUCUUCCAAAUCGGCCAGCUUGUCGUAUUGCUUAACGCUUAGCGCUGCGUGUCACUCCUGAGCCUCCAGCUAAGCAUUCUGGGACCAUGGAGGAAGGACGUGGCCAGGGGCUGCAAGGCUUGCCUUUGGAAGGAGGACGAGAACGGGACUGCUGCACGGUUCCUGCUCUGCAAUCCGCUGGGGAUCUCCUCUCUGUCUUUCCGCUCUGCUGCCCUCUGGGCCGCUUUCUUCGAUUAAGUGCUACUGCUGCUUUCUUGCUUUCUACCAACUCACGGCCCUUGUGGUCCCACGCUGCCUCUCACCUUCCAGGAAAAGAAAACCGGGGAUGUCGUGUCAGGAUCUGAGCACUCCACUGGCUGGAAGGGCCGGGGGACAAAGUUCCUCCCGGAAGCACAAAUCUCAUAGGAAGCUUAGGAAGUUGCUUCGUACUGAGUCAGAUCCCCCAUCCAUCCUUCUUGGUACUUCCUGCACUGACCAGCAGCAGCUCUCCAAGGUUUCAGGCGGGGGUCUCUCCCAGCCCCCCCUCCCGGAGAUGCCGUUGGGGAUCGAACCAGGGACCUUCGGCAUGCAAAUAGGAUGCUCUGCCACCCUUCCCUCUUGCGUCGCUCCAUGCCCUCUGCAAACUUCCAUUGGGCCCCAGCUGGCCUGCAUGACGACCGCACCUUUGGGAACAGCGUCGGGGGUUUUGGUCUCUCUUGGCAAGAUGGUUCUUGGCUUUUGCAGCUCCUGCAUGACAUUAACUGCUGGUUUGCCCGCCACAGCGAUUCAGCGCUUUCGCCCUCCUUAACAAGCUCGGCAUCUUCUUCCUUCUCGCUUUAGAAAGGAGCCGUUUGAGGCCUGCCGUAAGCCGUACACCCUCAAUGCCAUUCUUGAGAUUAUGAUGCCAGUGUAAGGCAGGAGACCAACGAGGGCUUGAGCAAAAGGGACGUUCUGCUGAACAAAGCCAUUGACUUGCAUCGUCUCCUCUUUCUCUUUCUUUCUCUCUUUCUCUCCCUCUCUCUGCCCCAGAUCUGCAGACCAUUCUCUGCCUGGAUCCUCCAUCUCUACAGACUUUGGCAGCUGGCAGAUGGUAACGGGGAAUGGCAGUAUACAGGAGCAAGCAGACUCCUCCCUCCCUUGCAGCUUCCCGGAUGAGCUCCCUAACAGUUCCCUGUAAGUGUGCUGAGAACGACGCGUUGGGAGGGGCUGCUCUGUGCAUAAUAACCCAAUGCCUCUGGUUCGGACUUCCGGCAUCCUGAAACGAUAGUCACCGGCCUGGGCAAGGCCUCUCUCCCAGAAGACCCACAAGGACCAUUACUGAUUUGAUCGUACCAGGCUAGCUAGGUCCAGCGGUCUAACUCAGUGUGACAGUUCCUUAUAGGCCUUCUCGCUAGCGAGAACAUGCUGGUGGCUGGCGGUGCAAGCUGACUCUUCCCACCCAAACACCCCCAGAGCGCAUGGGAUGCAGAUAUGUUUUUCACAACGCACAGGGAUGUCUGCGAACUUUCCCCUUUGCAGCCAUCACAGGUACUUCCACGCAGAUGCAUGUCUCGUCUUGAUAUCAGUCCUGUUGCUAAAAGGCAAAUGCUCCAUAGAUGUGAGCUGGGCCCCUCCGAGGAAGCACAACCAGUUCUGAAUCUUGAUUUCAAUGUGCUCUCUCGUCGGGCUGGUCCUUUUCCUUUCUCGUCCUCUUCAGCAGCGCAGCUCAUGGAGCUGUGGAACUUGGCCUUCUUUGAUUCAAUUCGUUUAUGCAGAGGUUUUCAAGACAACUUUUGCGCAUUGUUGUUUUUCCCCACUCAGCCGAACCUUUCGUUUUCCAUGGAGUUCCUUUAUCUUGCAACUUUUAUUUACCAGGCGGAGACCAUGGCACUGUCAUUUGAUCCCUCUUUCUUCUGCUCCAACAGUCCAAUCCUAGGAGUUCCUGCCAAGGGGCUACUGUUGCAUCCACUGAACCAAGGACAGAUCAGAGUGGUCAACAGCCUCUUCAUUUUCUCUUCCUCAUUUCAGAAGUUUUCAUUUUAAUAACGAUAAUCUUGUAAUUUGUGCCCCGCCCAUCUGACUGGGUUGCUAUGUGGAUUGGAGAGAUUCACUGCUUUUGCAGUUCUGUGGGGCCGGCCCUAUAUUCAUGGCACCUGUUGCCCUACAAAUACUCAUGUCUAGCUGUGUCCCUCAAAGUUUGUUAGGACUUGAACUCAUUGAUCACACCAGAACUCAUUGAUAGACCUUGUCCUCUUCCUUGCUGGCGUCUUGUGGCUUCUUUGGUCAGUGGUCUAUAACCAUUUAUGUUAGUUUCACAUUCAGACCAGUGCCAGCUGAAUCCUUGGUGGUCUUGCUAUAAGAGGACUCUGCUCGCAUUGCCCCUCGAUAGCCUCUCUCUCAUUUGCCCCUAGCCCUUCUCACCAGGCGCGGGCAGAACCUCGCACCACGAAGUUGCUCAGUUUAAAAUGCCACACUAACGGCAGCACCCUUGGCCCAAUAGUUCCCUGGGGUAUUGGCGCUUCUCCUCCUAGCGUUGGAGCGAGGAUGGUCUGCUGUACAGCUGGCAAUAGAGUAGAAGGUUUGAGACAUAUUUGGAAUGGGACUUUGGCUGAAGCAGUGUCUCAGUGAACUAUCCUUUGCUGCCAAGGAGUGUGGUGGAGUCUCCUUCUUUGGAGGUCUUUAAGCAGAGGCUUGACAACCAUAUGUCAGGAGUGCUCUGAUGGUGUUUCCUGCUUGGCAGGGGGUUGGACUCGAUGGCCCUUGUGGUCUCUUCCAACUCUAUGAUUCUAUGAUUCUAUCCUGGAAGCACAGAAACGAGAAGAAGAAAGCUUAGUGAGCAGUAGUCCUGUUGGUUUAGUAUGGAUUCAUUACUUCCAGAAAAGCUAAGUCAGUAAGUUGGCCAGGGCCACAGUGUAGGUCUGUAGAUAAAAGACAUUAUACCUCCAGCAGAUGGCUGUUGUUGAGUAGAACUGAUCUGGCUUCUAGCACUGAAACCUGGAUGGAAUUGACCUCUCAGCUACAUCCACCCAAGUACUCAAUUCAGCGCCAGCAAGGACUAGGGAGAUGGUGUUGCCAUGAUCUACGAGAAUUGCAUCUCUCUCUCUCUCUCUCUCUCUCUCUCUCUCUCUCUCUCUCUCUCUCUCCAGGCUUCCUGUCUGGGUUGCAGUACUCUUGAGUAUUGAGUUCUCUUGAGUAUCCUUGUGUUGCACAAUCAGGGCAGACUAGGGAUUGUGCUGUUAAUAAUAAUAAUAAUAAUAAUAAUAAUAAUAAUAAUAAAUUUAUUAUUUGUACCCCGCCCAUCUGGCUGGGUUUCCCCAGCUACUCUGGGCGGCUUCCAACAGAGAUUAAAAAUACAUUAAAAUGUCACACAUUAAAAACUACCCAACCUGCUGCCCAUGGGGAAAGACUGGUUAAGAGCCAGGCUCAGUCCAGACAAUAUGGAGGCGCUGCGGGCAAGCGGUCCAUCUGUCCAAGGAAAUGGCUAAAAUAGCGUUCCACCUGAAGGUUUGCAGCUUAGGGUUUGUCUUGCCCGAUCUUCCUCGCUUGCGGCACAAGUUGCUUCUGUGGUAUAGAGUGCCUUUUAGCGACUUAGCCUGGCGAACCACUUGUGGCCCACCCUAUCUGGACAGGAAGAAACCUAGCCUUGCUUGCUUUUGACAGACCUCAAGGGUAGACGGCUGUAAUGUGCGCUAUACAUGGGGCUGCCUUUGAAAACUGUUGUGAAACUGCAAUUAAGACAGAAAGCGGAUGCGGCCGUUGGAUUACUCCCUGCGACUGGAUGUUGUGGUUGUAUUGUACCUGUCAGUGUCGGCUGCUGUGGCUUCCACAUUGUUUCCAGGCACAUUUCAAAGUGCCUUUCACAGCUUAGAACCGAGGUUACUUGAAGGUCUGCCUGCCUCUAUAUGUACCUACCCAUACAUUAAGUUCUUCAGUGGAGAGCCUCCUAAGGGUGCCAUCACGGUUCGAGGUGAAGCAAGUUCCUUGGGGUGAAACACUCCACAGAGGUUUCCUGUUUGUUUCUUGCUUUCUUGCCCUUUUUCUCAUCGGGCAAAACCUCUUUUAGCUCCCCAGAGUUUUUCUGUUUUAAUCCUGCUGACUCUGUUGCACUGCUUGGUAUAAUGGCGCGUUUUGGCUUUUAUAUUUACAUUUUAAGUGUGUUCUUUCGGUGAACUGCUGUGGGAAUAAUUGAAGGGCAGUUUUUUGUUUUUUGUUUUAGUGCUUCAAAUAAAUGAGUUGCAUAGGAGGAUGACAAUAGUGGUACUUUUUAAGUUUGUUCCAGGUUGCAUGUGUUCCCUCCCUCCCCCCCCCCAAGAAUACAGAAAUGGAGUGCAAUAGCAGGCAGGAUCUGCACAAGGAGGAGGUGCAAGGUGUUAGUCUGCUAAGUUUCACUCAGAGUAGGCCUACUGAAAUUAAUGGGCUUACCUUGGUCAGUGUGGUCAUUAAUUUCAAUGGGACAAUCGAAUAGGGCUUGUGAGGUGAAUCCCGUCCAAUGGGUCGAAACUUAAUUGAAUAACACCCAUAGUAUAUAUCAGGCAUUUCCAACUGGUCGAUUGUGAUCUACCUAUUAAUCGCUGAGUGUCCCUGAUUGAUCCUGGUCGGUCGUGUGAUCCUGAUGGAUCACCCAAGGAAAAAUAAAAGCUCAAUAACUCUGGUCAGUUCUAUCCAAAAAAAGCUCAACAACUCUGGCCAAUCCAAUGGGUAGAUCACUGCCAGUUUAUUUAUAGUGGGAGUAGAUCGCAGUCUCUUGGAAGUUGGACGCGCCUGGUAUAUAUACAUUGAGACUUAACAGAAAUCAUACAGGAUACUUCCAGUGUUUUGCUUUAAAAACCACAUAUUAAUAAAUGCUCAUAAUUUUUCAUUAUAAGUGCAGGCCUAGCGCUCACAAACAAAAAAUUGAAUCUUAGCCUUUAAAAAAAAAAAUUAUUCUAAAAGAUAUCAGUUCAGCCCUUACUGCGACAUCCCACAAUUUAUCCAUUCAUUUAUAUCUGGUAAUUUCCAGUAUUUAGAAUGGAUUAUCACAGCAGGUGCUGUCAUACAGCUAGUCAGUUCACGAUGUUCUUUUUGUAUUAGAUCUUAAGUUUAAACGAGCAAGUAAAGGAGUCCAAUAUCUUAUCCGUUAAAAGCUUUCAUUUUCUUCUGGUAUUUAGUGUGAGGGCAUGUUCACCGCAUGUGGCAGAAGCCCCUUUGUUUUUUGUUCUUUUAAACACUUACAACAACAGAUAUUGCAAAUGCUUAUUUUAUUUUCCAUGCCAUCUUAUAGUGGCACAGGGGGAAAUUAUUUCUGUUCGAUAAGCUACAGCCCUCCAGUAGUUAGAGACUUGUACCCACUUCUCCAUGUGCAGCGGACUAAAUUAUGCUAAGUAUUUUGAAAUACGUUUGACUUGCGUUAGGUAGGCAAGAUUCAACUUUUCCCUGCGCGGAACUCUUGACUGGAGCGUUUUUGUUUAAGUAAUGACCUAUUUUGACUCAUGAGCUUCCCAAAAGGCAGGCAUAUAUAUGGGUGAGACUUGCAGGGGUGCAAAAUCAGCGAGUGAUGGUUAACCCUGACCUGCCUGCCCAGUUCUCCCCUGCAAAAUGCCCCAUAGGCCAUGCCUUGGCUUCUAGCUAGAUGCCCAAACCAGCUUGGUGGAGAAACUGCCCAUAGUGGAGCACAUUUGCAGAGAAGAAUUGGCAGACGUGGGGUUACUCUUGCCUCCUGCAGACCCAGGAACGGGAGCAUGCAUGUGCUCCCAGAUUGUGUAGGGGUGUGUGUGUGUGUGUGUUGUUUUGAAGAUAACAGAUGCCUCUGGUGUGAGCGAAUUCCUUUAGAGGACAUGGAAACCUCACCCUGAGCCAUAUCCUGGGGUUCUUCCUCUCCCACCGCUGCCAUGUCUGCACAGAGGCAGCCUGCUUCUGUCCCUCCUUUUUCCCCCCUUCCCAGCCUCCCCCCACUUCCAUGUCUUUGGUAGCUUUUCAGGCUGCCAGGAUCUGAAUUCUCCUACAGCUGGGCAAAUGGCCACAGCCUGGGCCUUGCAACGAAGGAAGCACAGCUGCUGCGUUCCGAGUGGCAAGGAAUUUUUAAAGGAGCCGGAGCUGUAUCUCUGAAGGAAGUCGCAUGGGGGCGGCGGGGGAGACAGCUUUCCUACGCGCUUAAUCCAGGCCUCUUUCUCCGGCUGACCCGUAAUUGGAAUUAUGUAGGCCAGUCUGUAAUGAGGUCGGUGUGGGUUUUGUCCAUUGAGAAUCCUGCCUUUAUGAGGAGUCGGGGGAGGGAGAUUCUCCUAUAAGCAGGCGUGGCUAACCUGUGGCUCACCAGAUGUUGCUGAACUACAGCUCCCAUCAUCCCUGCCCGUUGGCCAUGCAGGCUGGGGCUGAUGGGAGAUGGAGUUCAACACUGCCUGGAGCCUGUAGGUUAGUCACGCCUGCUCUACAGCUUCAGACACAUUGCAGCCCUUUGACUUCUCCUAGAAUUGGGGUGGAUGGGAAGAAUCAUGCAAGUGCGUUCUGCUCAUGGUGGCCACAGUCAAAUGCAGUGUGUGUUUUUAUUUUUGAUGUUAUUGUUGCAUUAAGGGACGUGGGUGGCGCUGUGGGUUAAACCACUGAGCCUAGGGCUUGCCAAUCAGAAGGUCAGCGGUUCGAAUCCCUGCAACGGGGUGAGCUCUUGUUGCUCUGUCCCUGCUCCUGCCAACCUAGCAGUUCGAAAGCACAUCAAAGUGCAAGUAGAUAAAUAGGUACCACUCCAGCGGGAAGGUAAACGGUGUUUCCGUGCGCUGCUCUGGUUCGCCAGAAGCGGCUUAGCCAUGCUGGCUACAAGACCCGGAAGCUGUACACCGGCUCCCUCGGCCAAUAAAGCAAGAUGAGCGCUGAAACCCCAGAGUCGGCCACGACUGGACCUAAUGGUCAGGGGUCACUUUACCUUUACCCUUAACCUAUUACUGGUGAAUUCUGCUGCCUGUGUGUGUUUCUUUGGGCUCAGCAACAUGAGAGCUGCGCUUAAGGCAGUCCACUGCUCUGCUAUUUUUUGCCCAUGCCCUGGAGUCGCUGUUCUCAGGCAUGGAGCCAGGGUGACGACUAUUUUUACACCAGGCGUGGUCUAUGUACACAAAAUCUGUCUGAGACGGGUGCUCUCUCCCACCGCUUAGUCAUGCUGGCCACAUGACCCGGAAGCUGUAUGCCGGCUCCCUCGGCCAAUAAAGCGAGAUGAGCGCCGCAACCCCAGAGUCGGUCACGACUGGACCUAACGGUCAGGGGUCCCUUUACCUUUAUUUGUUGCAUUUAUAUCCCCCCUUUCUCUCCAAGGAGCUCGAGGUGGCACACAUGGUUUUCCCCCUCCUCAUCUAAUCCCCCACAACAACCCUGUGAGGUAGAUUAGGCUGAGAGGCAGUGACUGGCCUCCAAGGCCACCCACUGAGCAUCAUGGCAGAGUGGGGAUUUGAACCCUGGUCUCCCAGGUCCUAGUCUGACACACUACCCACUAUGCCACACUGGCUCCCUUGUUGGUGAGAAGGGGUAUCUAUGUACAUGCACCUACACAGCACCAGGAGCAGAUCAAGGAAGCCGGAAACUAAGAAACACCGAGCACAAAGCUAGAUAUGUGUACGGUUUUCUUUCAAGUCUCCUGCAACCCGUCUUCAAUAGAUGCUUUUGAGUUCCAGGAAAUGCAUUUUCAUGGCAGCCCUUAGCUUAAAUCUGGGAGAUAUUACGAAUGAGCUUAAUGACUUCCUGCAGCAGAAGGAAGAAAAAGAGUAAGUGAAGCUAGCUUACAACUCCUGCAAGCCAGUCUCCCCUACAAGGAAAUGGGGGGUUCUAAAAGCCGACCCUCUCUGCAAGCCCUGUGGGCUUGUUUCCAAAUACCUAGCAAGGAGCUGCUUCUGCUACAGACUUUUCUCCCCUGCCCGCCCCAUCCAGUCUGGAGAGCUGCAGUGUCACUAAACGGGUAAUUUCACUGAGGAAGCAGCAUGUGGCCAAAGCCAGGGCUUAUGCCAAAGUCUUGUGUAAUCUCCUGAUAGCGCUGUUUGUGCCUUGGGAGUUCCUUGGGGGAGGAGCCGCUAGCUUAUUUGUAGUGGGGCAAAUAAGCAGGGAUCUCUCCUUCCUCACCGAGCCGCGUGUGUAGGUUUUCAGAGCUUGGAAUUAGGUGGGUUAUAAUGAGGUGGUGGGGAGAAGAGCGCAAGUUCCUUCUCUCCCUGCAGUUGUUCUAGUUUGCCCAGCCUCUCACACAUUCCCUGGCCUGGGCGAGCCCUGCUGCAACAUGCAAACUCUGCCGUUUUGUAUUAGGAGGGGAGAAGGGGAGAUGGUAGAGUGGGGUGCAUAGCUUGAAGGCCAUGAGCCCAUGUGGGAGCCAUACCCUAAGCAGGGGGUGGGGAACCUGCAGACUACACCUCCCAUCAACUUCAGGCCAAGGACCCAUUUAAAUAAUAAUUACUCUGAGAUUCUUGGGGGGUCCACAUUUGGCGGUGAAUCUGACGAGGCUUCCUGGAUCAAACCAAACCUGCGUCUAAUCCCGGGUUCGGGUUCUGUCAGGAGCCUUCCAGGUGGAACCGCAGGAGAGGGGCAGGAACAUCCCUGGAUGUGAAGAGGAGGAAGCCUGAUGUUUCAAGGGAAGCCAAGGACAAACCCCUGCAGCCCGUUCCUACACAUGCUUCUUCAGAAUCUAGGGUACACAGCCCUGCGCCCACUUAACCUGGGAGUAAGUCCCAUGGAAUUCAGUGGGGCUCUUUUCUUAGCCAGAAAGAUAGCCUUGGGGCCAGAUUCAGCUGCUUGGUUCCAUUAGCAGAAGAAGCCAAGCCCAAGACUCCUCUGCUGGUGCAAUGGUGCAAUUUCCUCUCCUCUCCUCCCCUGGAUACGGAGGGUCAGGAGGACUCCCAGAAUAGCAUGUCAGGGAAGGAAAGACAGAGGGGUCAUUCCAGCAGACAAGCAGAUAUGUUUGCACUGGCGGAACCAUCUCCUUCGCACUGUGUCAAAUUCCAUUGUUCAACGGGGUUUAAACUCCCAGAGGAAAUACAGAUAGGAUCGAAGCUUUUGCUGUAGCUCUCUGCUUCAGAUCCUGCGAUCCACCAGCCCCUUUGGGACUGGUGCGGAAGUUUUCUUUGCAAACUUCCCAAUCCCACUUAGUACUGGACCUUUAAAAAGCAUUUGGAGGAAGACUCAACAAACUUGUGCUUCCUUGCUGCGGUUUCUGAGUCUCUCGCCCCUAUUCUGGCAAAACAGCAACAUUUCUCUGCUUUUGCGCAGUUUCAUCUUCAAAUAUGCAUUCCCUUCUUUGACUAGUCCUGUGACAUGGAGUUCCAUGGGCUAGUCGUGGGGCCGCCGGAAAGGCCCUUUCCCCUUUCUGCCACACUCUUCCAAACUGUUCACUCGGCGAGCCAGGCGGGCUGAAUAGACCGGCUGCCUCUCUCCCUGGGCUCUUGUGUUUUUUUGUAUUAUUAUUUUUCUUUCUAAUCCAAGCCUUUCCGCCAUGUCCCCUCGCUGCUCUUUCCGGACUCGAAGCUGGUGGCAGUGGGUGGCUUUCUCCUGCUUUCCAUUCAAAUUGACGGUGCCAGUUCCUAAGCCGGUGAAAACACUGGGGAGAUGAAAGGGAAUGCUUGAUGGGCAGGUUUGUGCCGUGCCCUUGGGAUGACCUUUUUUAAAGGGAUGUCUUAUUCUCUUUGAGAGAAAAUGGUGAGAGAGAGAGAGAAAGUGUGUGUGUGUGUGUUUGAGAGAGAGAGAGAUGCAUGUAUGCACGACGACAAAGAUUGUUUUUCUUAAGACAUCUCUGAACAGAUGCCUUUGAACAGUAAUCUCCCUUUGCGCAGCUCUCAUCUGGAAUGUCUUGUUUGCUUCUCUCUCUCUCCUCCCCCCCCCCCCGCCACCCUGGCUUCCUCCCCACCGUACCAUAGAUCAGAUGGAGAGGAGGCUGGUCACAGGGGGACGCCUUGCCCUACUCUACAGGAUGCAUCGCUCUCUUGCACCUCUUUUUCACAGAACGGGAGGGUGGGGAGUGGCAGUGAUGUGGGGGGGUGGAGAGAAUAGCUUCCUGCUAGCAGGCAUAGCCAGAAGCUCUUGGUUUCUACUCUCCCCCAGCUCCCUUUCUCUCCAUCUCUGGAGAUUACACUCUCAACUUGGACCCUGUGGAAGGAGGGGGAAGGAGGUGGGAGUUGGAGGAGGAGGAGGAAGAGAAGUGGACGAGGAGGAGGCCAGCAAGCGUCGGGGUAAUGGAGCCGGAGGAGCGUUACUAAUACAGAAGCUCUUGGCCAGAAGGCUUUAUCCCAAAAGCACUUUGAGGAACGGCUGGCAGAAUGCAGCGCACAGUUCCUUCUCCAUCUCGCUCUCUCUCCUCCCUGCAGUGGGCUUUAGGGAUGGGGAGGGAAGCGUAGAAGAUAAAGUUCAAGGAGAGAAGGUGGAGAUCAUGGCCUUUUUCUUUGCUCGAAUGUUGGCUUUGAGGUUCCUCCUCAGCGCAGCAGCAGGAGACGGCAAGUGGGGCGGGCGCUCUAAUUGGGGCUGGUGCAGCAAGCCGAGAGGGGGGAGGAGCAGGAAUUCUUUUCGGCGGAAUAAUGAUCUGGCCCUAUGGGCGGUGGAGAUGGAGGUGUGGGUUCUGGCAUUCCAGAGAGUUUGGCCUUCGUGGCUUCCUGAGCCUCUCCCAUGGCUGUGAUUCUCCCCACCUACCCAGACAAACAAACACAAAAAUUCUGGGCCCUAACUAUAACCGCUCGGCCAGUUUCCCCUCGUUGCCUCUCCUUUUGCCUUCUCCUCACUCUCCAGCCAAGGCGGCCCAGAAAUUCUUCGGUGCAAAGGCAACUGAGCAUAGGAAUCUGCCUUACACGAUCAGACGCAGCUCAGUAUUGCUGACACGGAAUGGCAGCACCUCUCCAGGGCUACAGGCAGGGCUCUUCCCCAGUCCUACCUGGAGAUGCUGGGGAUUUAACUUGAAUUCUUCUGCACGCAGAGCGGGGGCUCUCCUGCUGAGCUUUGCCCCUUCCCCAAACCGGCGUGGAGUGCCAGAGUUCAGGCAGCCCCAGAAGCAGCUGCCUUGAGCAGACGCUGCUUCUGUUCUGUUCUGAAGCCCUGUCAGGGACCGGGGGAGUGUUUGCCUCUGAUUUGGAAGGCCCUGAGCAGCUUUCUGCCGCAGCCGACCGGGUUCCGGGACUCGUGCUUCGCUUACAGUCUCCUCGCUCGCAUGGCGAGAUGCAGGCGGCGAAAAGGUGCAGAAGCUUGCUGCGUCGGAGCCAGUGGGCGUCUGUUUUCCUUUCCCCCUCCGUGCCACCGGAGGAAAGGGAAGCCAGCUGGCUUUGAAGUGUCAAUCACUCCCGGAGCUGUGCGAAAUGAAGUCGCGCAUUUCACCGGCAUCUUGAGAGAGCUGGUAGCCAAAAGGCCGAGCUGUGAAGUAUGAAGUUUAGAAUUUGUGAACUUCCCCCGUGGAGGAAGGCCUGUAGCUCAGCGGUAGGACAUCUGCUUUGCAUGCAGAAGGUCCCAGGAUCAAUCCCUGCGGUCUCUAGGUAGGGCUAGGAAGAGGUUCCCCAUCUGAAAUCCUGGAGAGCCACUGCUAUGGAGUGCAGACGAUGUUGAGCUAGGCAGACAAGUGGUCCAGCUAUUGUUUUAAGGCAGCUUCCUGUAUUGCCAAAGAAAAGGAUUGGCCUGGAGGGGCUGGUAGAAAAGGUUGCUUAGCGUUCCUCCCUGCCUCGCAGGAAUAACUCCUUGGGACCAAAUCCUAGCUGGUUCUCGCAAGUUUCAAAUCUGGCUUCUGCUGUGAACUGGGCAAUCCACUCUCCCCACCCGUCUGCAAUAUAGGACACUGACACACUUCUGCAGAAGAUACAGAUUUCAUAGAGUUGUAGAAAUGGAAGGGACCCCACUGGACAGCCAGCCCUGCAGUGCAGGAAUCUCCACUAAAGCAUCCAUGAGAGAUGGAUGCUAGCCAAUGGGAUUUUAAGGGGAGCCCUUUGAACAGUUCCAAAAAUUGCUGUUUCCUUCCUUGUCCUUACAGCCUGGUGACGCUGACGGAGAGGGAGACCCGGCUGGAGGACGUGCGCUCGGCGUUUCUGGCGGCCUAUAACAGCACGGUGGGCCUGAAGCCUGUGAUGCCCAGCCCAUCGGGAGCCAUCGGUGGCCUUCUGGAGCAGUUUGCCCGUGGCGUUGGACUAAGAGGAAGCAGCGUUCUUUGAGACCCCUCCCACCACUACCAACAACGACAAUGCUGCCCUGUCUGGGUUGCUUUCUAGUCCGGAAGGUGAAGGAACCUCAUAAGCCAUGAGAGCCCAGUUGCCAGCUUCUGGCUUGGGCCAGAGCAUCAGGCCACGCUCUCCUCUGUACGCUACCUGACUGCCAGCCCUUCUGGGUCCAUCACUGACUGACUGACUGACUGGUCACAGCUUUCAGCUGCCUUGGGCUGGGCUGGUUUCCACUAGAAUGAUGAGCUGCGGGGAGCGGUUCUCCCUCCCCCCCCCCCAACUCAUACAGGAUCUGGCUAGCUCUGACAAAUCACCACAGUAAAAUGUGUCAAACACCCCGUC